AUGUCCUCCAAGAGACAGGGCUUCCUGCUCAAUAACAUUACUGCCACUCAGACACACACUCAGCCCGGGCGCUGUCCUCUCAGUAAGGUAACUGACUCUGGUGAGAGUGCACCAGUGGAACCAGGAACAGCACCGCAGAACAUUAUGUGACGUCUCUAACAGAACACAACCGUGCAAUGGAACCACAGAAUAGAACCUGGAGCAGCAGGAAUAGAACAGCCACUGCACAGCGGAACAAGAUGGUAGAUGGAAAAGUAGGAGAGGGAGUGAACAGAACACAGUGUUACAGGGAAGGCAUAGGAUCCAUCUCAGUACUCUGAACAGAACACAGUGUGACAGGCAAGGCAUAGGGUCCAUCUCAGUACUCUGAAGUGGCUGCCUCUGCUUGUCUCCUGCCUCUCCUUCAUUUGCACUUAUGCUAUGGCAUGCAGUGUUUGUCGGAGUUGCUAGCUCAGGGCUGGAGAGAUCGCAGUACAGUUCAGACACAGUACUCAGAGAAUGAGAAAACAUACAAGCAUCCCUCUCAAAGGAGAGCAAGAGACGACACACACACACACACACACACAGUACAGACGCUGACAAUCUUGGUUAUUACCCAUACAAUAAUGGAAUAAAUGUCAACGCGCGAGUGAGUGCUGCAGUUAGCUGCUGCCCACACUAACGAGCUAGGCUAAUGCGAGAGGGUUUAUCGUGUUAGCAUUGUGUGGGGGGGCCAAAGAAGCACCAAUGCGCCUCCGUUUUGAUAAGAUUAGCUUAGCUAAGUGCUAACCCUCAGAGGUACGCUGCCUCUUCUUUGUGUGAGAUCAAUGCAAUGCAGCAGCUAGGCUACAUGAAUAUGAAUGCUACAUGAAUAUGGAUAUGAAUAGGAGAAUGCUAAUGCUGCAUAUGCGUAGGUUAGUAAGCUGGUUCUCAUAAAACAGGCAGGAGACGAAGGCAAGGAUGAACCCAGUUAUUAUUGAAGCCCGGGGACAAGCUAAGAGCGUGUGUGAGACAUUGUGUUGCUUUGAAGUCUUAUCUCGACAGAAAAGGGACAAUUCAAGGUGCUUGUAUUUCCACUUUUUCAGAGGAACUGCUAAUAACCCCGCUCUGUCUGCCACACACACACACACACACACACACACACACACACACACAAGGGUUUCCGUUAGGAAAAUGUGGACAACGUGACCGGGAAGAUUUUUAAUUUACCGCCCAUUUGAGAAAUUUACCAGACACAUAUGCCUUGGAUGUAUAACCCAUUAGGGCAUCCACCCACGGUGCUCAGAAUGACAGAAAUCACAUUUAUAUUAUGAUAAUUCAUUUUAACAAAACAUGCAACUCCUGAAAUGAAGCAGCCAAUAAAACGUAAUUUUCAAAAAUUUGCCAAAAUGCAAUUCGCGGGAAAAAGGGAAAACACCAUUUAUAAACAGCUCACCUGAUGCGAGCGGUAUAUGACAGAGAUGAUAAUCUUAGUUAGAAACUUAGAAAAAGAGUGAAUCUAAAGAUGCAACAGCUAGGAUGGGUUGCUAAGAUGACUAUAGGAUUGUGCAUUUGGCUUCUGGACAAAGAAAGAAAGUUGAUAUGAAAACCAAUAGAACAGGAGAGAAAUGAGGAAGUCUUUAAUAGGCAGCGCGUGGCGAAAGGCCUGGCUGGUUAUUGAGUUGUGGCUGUCAGUGAAAAGCAUCUAAAAUAUGUGUGAAGAUAAUGUGUCUAGAGUACAAUUUAAAAUGUUGAGACAUGAAGAAAGGGAGGGGUGUGUGGCGAAGAUAGCCUAUAGGCACGUCUCUCUCCAGAAUGCAUGUGCUCAGGUCUCCAGAAUCCACUCAGCUCUCCAGAAUGCAUGCGUUCAGCUCUCCAGAAUCCACUCAGCUGUCUUACGGCAAUUCUUGCGCAUUCAUUGUUUCAUGUGAAUUGUUUUCUCUUUGAUUUGUUUAUUUUGAUCAAUUUCCCAUUACAUAUGUCAUCACUAGUAAAUGUACCGUAACCUACCUUUGGCAGGAGUUAAGGAAGUGCAGCUCAGUUUUCAUAAAGUUAUGUAACAUGUCUACAAAUAUACUUCAUAAAGUAUUCAUACCCCUUUACUUAUUCCACAUUUUGUUGUGUUACAGCCUGAAUUCAAAAUGGAUUAAAUAUAUAUUUUUUCUCACCGAUCUACACACAAUACCCCAUAAUGACAAAGUGAAAACGUGGAUAUUUGUUUUGUUGCACAUUUAUUGAAAUGAAAUACAGAAAUAUCUCAUUUACAUAAGUAUUCACACCCCUGAGUCAAUACUUUGUAGAAGCACCUUUGGCAGUGAUUACAGCUGUGAGUCUUUCUAAGAGUUUGCCACACCUGGAUUGUGAAACAUUUGCCCAUUUAUAAUUUUCAAAAUUCUUUAAUCUCUGUCAAAUUGGUUGUUGAUUAUUGCUAGACAACCAUUUUCAGGUCUUGCCAUAGAUUUUCAAGCAGAUUUAAGUCAAAACUGUAACUAGGCCACUCAGCAACAUUCACUGCCUUUUUGGUAAGCAACUCCAGUGUAGAUUUGGCCUUGUGUUUUAGGUUAUUGUCCUGCUGAAAGGUGAAUUCAGAUAAUAUAAUAAUAAGCCAUUUAGCAGACGCUUUUAUCCAAAGCGACUUAGUCAUGCGUGCAUACAUUUUUUGUGUAUGGGUGGUCCCGGGGAUCGAACCCACUACCUUGCGUUACAAGCGCCGUGCUCUACCAGCUGAGCUACAGAGGACCACAGAAGCCCGGGGACAACAGAUCCCAGUGUCUGUUGGAAAGCAGACUGAACCAGGUUUUCCUCUAGGUUUUUUCCUGUGCUUAGCUCCAUUCCAUUUAUUUUUUAUCCUGAAAAACUCCCCAGUCCUUAACAAUUACAAGCAUACCCAUAACAUGAUGUAGCCACCACUAUGCUUGAAAAUAUGGAGAGUGGUACUCACUAAUAUGUUUGGGGCCAAUCCAAUAGAACACAACACUUUGUGUUCAGGACAAAAAUUGAAUUGCUUUGCCACAUUCUUUUUAGUAUUACUUUAGUGCUUUUUGUACUUUUCAUUUUUCAUUAAUUUGUAAACAAUUUGAAUAACAUAAUUCCACUUUGACAUUCUGAGGUAUUGUGUGUAGGCCAGUGAAUCUUAAUUUAAUCAAUUUUAGAUUCAGGCUGUAACACAACAAAAUGUGGAAAAGAUCAAGGGGUGUGAAUACUUUCUGAAGGCACUGUGUGUUUGCUCUUGGUUCUUUGUUAUAUGGCCGAAAAGGUUGGAAAAGUGCUUCAUCUAUACAUCUCCGUUUUGGAUAGAUAGCUCUUUGUGUUGUUUGUUUAGUGUGUUCCAAUUUUCACAGAAGUGAUUAGAUGCUAUGGAUUCUUCAAUCACAUUGAGCUGUUUUCUGACAUGCUGUUCCUUCUUUUUUUUUUCUUUUUUUUUCUCUAGUGUUCUAGUGUUUCACCAUAGGGAAGGCGUUGGUUCUGGUUUUCUGGGUCUCUGUGUUUUUGGUUGGAUAGGUUUCUCAAUUUCUUUCUUAGGUUUUUGCAUUCUUCAUGAAACCAUUUGUCAUUGUUGUUAGUUUUCUGCUAGAUUUUUAUUUUAUUUGAUAUGUUCGCUGAUAGGUCAAAUAUACUGUUCAGGCUUCCUACUGCAAGUUUACACUGUCGCUAUUACAGGGAAACAUUUUGUCCUGGAAGUUGUCUAGGAGGGAUUUGUUGUUGGCCAAUAGUUUUUUGGUAGGUUUCUACACUACUUUCAUUCCAUUUACAGCAUUUCUUAAUAUCAUGCUGUUUGUUUGGCUUCGAUACCUCAUGGUUGAGUAUUGCGCUGUUCAAGCAGAUUGUGAUUUUGUUUUGUUUUGAUAGCGGUGUUAGUUGGCUGACUGUGAAUGCUCUGAGAGACUACAGUACUACUGCCAAUGGAUGAGCUGUAGGUGUACCUACCAUAGGAGUCCCCUCGAAGCCUACCGUUGACUAUGUACAGACCUAGCGUGCGACAGAGCUGUAAGAGUUGUGACCCAUUUUUGUCGGUUGUUUUGUCGUAGUUCAAAUCAAAUCAAAUUUUAUUGGCCACAUGUGCCGAAUACAACAGGUGCAGACAUUACAGUGACAUGCUUAAUUACAGCCCUUAACCAACAGUGCAUUAUUUUUGAUAAAAAAGUAGGAUAAAACAACAAAAAAGUGUUGAGAAAAAAAGAGCAGAAGUAAAAUUAAAUAACAGUAGGGAGGCUAUAUAUACAGGGGGGUACCGGUGCAGAGUCAAUGUGCGGGGGCACCGGCUAGUUGAGGUAGUUGAAGUAAUAUGUACAUGUGGGUAGAGUUAAAGUGACUAUGCAUAAAUAAUUAACAGAGUAGCAGCAGUGUAAAAAUAUGGGGUGGGGGUGGGGAUGGGGGGGCAGUGCAAAUAGUUUGGGUAGCCAUGAUUAGCUAUUCAGGAGUCUUAUGGCUUGGGGGUAGAAGCUGUUGAGAAGUCUUUUGGACCUAGACUUGGCACUCCGGUAACGCUUGUCGUGCGGUAGCAGAGAGAACAAUCUAUGACUAGGGUGGCUGGAGUCUUUGACAAUUUUGAGGGCCUUCCUCUGACACCGCCUGAUGUACUGGGCCGUAUGCACUACCCUCUGUAGUGCCUUGCGGUCGGAGGCCAAGCAGUUGCCAUACCAGGCGGUGAUGCAACCAGUCAGGAUGCUCUCGAUAGUUGUGGCAUAUUUUGGAGGGAAUGCUGUCACCUCCAGGUAGGUGCUUGUCCCCCUGUGUGCUGAGGGUGUCAGGUUCUUGUCCAGUUCUGGCAUUUAGGUCACCACAGACUAGUACACAUCCCUGGGUCUGGAAAUGGUUGAUCUCCCCCUCUAGGAUAGAGAAGCUGUCUUCAUUAAAGUAUUGGGAUUCUAGUGGGGGGAUAUACUGUAGAUGGCACACAGGAGGACAUUUUUCUCUGUUUAGAUUAUUUCCUUUUUUAUUCCUAGCCAAAUGCAAAAUGUUUCCUGUUUUGAUUAAUUUACCAAAUUAGCAUACCCCCUGUGUCCCUUCCUUGUGUAACACCUGGUAGUUUGGUGGAUGGGACUACCAGCUCUCUGUAACCUAGUGGGCAACCAGUGGGUCCAGCUCCUCUAUACCAUGUUUAUUGCAUUAUGAUAAAGUCUGUAUUUCUUUUAUUUUGUGAAAUCUGGGUUCCUGCUCUUUAGGCCAAAAGCAGAUGACCUCCGACCUUGUAUAUUCCAGGAUGAGAUAGUAAAAUCUUUGCGUUCCAUUGUGUAUGUGUGUGUGUGUGGAGGUAGUGCUGGUAUCAGUUUAAAGAGAUUAACAUCGUGCCCACCACAUUAGCAUGCUAAUACGCCCAUCAUUAUUUGGAAUGAGAAAUUGUGAUUUAAUUCAAAUGUCUACUGUAAUGGAUUCCAGUGUGGGCUCUAAAGCCCCAGGCUGUCUGUCUGAGCCUCAGUGUGGAAUUGGGGGGAAACUAACUCUGAACACACUACACAGAUACACUACACGGUACUACACAGUAGCAAGGAAAUCUGAAGGCCUGAUGGAGCUCUGCAGAGUAUUCUCUAAACAUGUCCCUCUGUGAAAGAAUUCCACUCUGAAGGCCUCUGUGUAGAUGACUACGUCCUCAAUCUCCACGGUGUGAGCUAGCGCAUACGUACAUACACACACACACACACACACACACCACACUCUCCCUCCCUCCCUCUUUCGCUUGGAACAGGCGGGUGCAGACAGCAGACAUAUGCUGCCACCUGUGCCCUCGCGCUAGGGUUGAGCUCUGCCGGAGGGGACAGUUUGUGUGUGAGCCCCCCUGGUGUUGGCUCUAGCUCAGACAGACCGUUGCUCCUCUUAUCUGCUACCCUGCUGGACUGGUGCCCAGUGGUUCUGUUCAACCUACUCUCACCCUGGACUGCACGUGCAUAUCCCCGCCACACACACACACACACGUGUGUGUGUAUAUAUAUGUAUGUAUGCAUGUAUGCAUGUAUGCAUGUAUGUAUGCAUGCAUGCAUACAUGCAUACAUGCAUACAUGCAUACAUACAUAUAGUGGGGAGAACAAGUAUUUGAUACACUGCCGAUUUUGCAGGUUUUCCUACUUACAAAGCAUGUAGAGGACUGUCAUUUUUAUCAUAGGUACACUUCAACUGUGAGAGACGGAAUCUAAAAAAAAAAUCCAGAAAAUCACAUUGUAUGAUUUUUAAGUAAUUAGUUUGCAUUUUAUUGCAUGACAUAAUUAUUUGAUACAUCAGAAAAGCAGAACUUAAUAUUUGGUACAGAAACCUUUGUUUGCAAUUACAGAGAUCAUACAUUUCCUGUAGGUCUUAACCAGGUUUGCACACACUGCAGCAGGGAUUUUGGCCCACUCCUCCAUACAGACCUUCUCCAGAUCCUUCAGGUUUCGGGGCUGUCGCUGGGCAAUACGGACUUUCAGCUCCCUCCAAAGAUUUUCUAUUGGGUUCAGGUCUGGAGACUGGCUAGGCCACUCCAGGACCUUGAGAUGCUUCUUACGGAGCCACUCCUUAGUUGCCCUGGCUGUGUGUUUCAUGUCGUUGUCAUGCUGGAAGACCCAGCCACGACCCAUCUUCAAUGCUCUUACUGAGGGAAGGAGGUUGUUGGCCAAGAUCUCGCGAUACAUGGCCCCAUCCAUCCUCCCCUCAAUACGGUGCAGUCGUCAUGUCCCCUUUGCAGAAAAGCAUCCCCAAAGAAUGAUGUUUCCACCUCCAUGCUUCACGGUUGGGAUGGUGUUCUUGGGGUUGUACUCAUCCUCCUUCUUCCUCCAAACACGGCGAGUGGACCAAAAAGCUCUAUUUUUGUCUCAUCAGACCACAUGACCUUCUCCCAUUCCUCCUCUGGAUCAUCCAGAUGACAGGCAAACUUCAGACAGGCCUGGACAUGCGCUGGCUUGAGCAGGGGGACCUUGCGUGCGCUGCAGGAUUUUAAUCCAUGAAGGCGUAGUGUGUUACUAAUGGUUUUCUUUGAGACUGUGGUCCCAGCUCUCUUCAGGUCAUUGACCAGGUCCUGCCAUGUAGUUCUGGGCUGAUCCCUCACCUUCCUCAUGAUCAUUGAUGCCUCACGAGGUGAGAUCUUGCAUGGAGCCCCAGACCGAGGGUGAUUGACCGUCAUCUUGAACUUCUUCCAUUUUCUAAUAAUUGCCCAAACAGUUGUAGCCUUCUCACCAAGCUGCUUGCCUAUUGUCCUGUAGCCCAUCCCAGCCUUGUGCAGGUCUACAAUUUUAUCCCUGAUGUCCUUACACAGCUCUCUGGUCUUGGCCAUUGUGGAGAGGUUGGAGUCUGUUUGAUUGAGUGUGUGGACAGGUGUCUUUUAUACAGGUAACAAGUUCAAACAGGUGCAGUUAAUACAGGUAAUGAGUGGAGAACAGGAGGGCUUCUUAAAGAAAAACUAACAGGUCUGUGAGAGCCGGAAGUCUUACUGGUUGGUAGGUGAUCAAAUACUUAUGUCAUGCAAUAAAAUGCAAAUGACUUACUUAAAAAUCAUACAAUGUGAUUUUCUGGAUUUUUGUUUUAGAUUCCGUCUCUCACAGUUGAAGUGUACCUAUGAUAAAAAUGACAGACCUCUACAUGCUUUGUAAGUAGGAAAACCUGCAAAAUCAGCAGUGUAUCAAAUACUUGUUCUCCCCACUGCACAUAUAUAUACACACACACGUGUGUGUGUGUGUGUGUGUGUGGCGGAGAUAUGCACGUGCAGCAUGUCGUAUUUUCCGCACUAUAAGGCGCACCGGAGUAUAAGCCGCAGCAGCUAAAUUGAAUGAUGUGUACAUAUAUAAGCCGCACUGGACUAUAAGCCGCAGGUGUUUUAAUGUUUAAUUACCAUAUGUAAGGGUUCGUGCACAGAGGGGAUUGUCGGGAAAGAGAUGGCUGCUUGAGGAAGCUCCCAUUUACUAACAUUUCAACAAACAAGUUGCAUAUUUGCAAAACGUAUUCAAGUGUUACCAUUUAGUGCAAUAGUAGCUACAGAACAUAUACUGUGCUAUGUAAACUGUACUGUAUCACAUAGCGUUUCAGACACACAAACUUUUCAACUUUCAAACUUAAACGGUGCGCUCCCAGCGCACAUACCGGCAGUGAUCUACAGCAGUGGUUUUCAACCAGUGGUCCUUGAGGGAGUGCUAGGGGUUCCCCAGCAAAAUUAGUUAAUAGCGUCACAAUCAUUUAACCACUUAACUUUGGUUAUUUUUGAAAAACCUUGAAAAAGUGUGCACAUCUUUGAAUAUUUAUCUACAAUAUAGCCUACAGUAGUACCAUAACAAAAAACAAAGCUUACAGCGCUUGACGAGGCAAUAUCAAUGGCUAAAUUAAAUGUGUUUUUUUAAAAGUGCAAAAUAAAGUGCCUGUAACACGACAGUAAGCGCAUAAGCCUAAAGUUGCAGCAACACGGCUGCUUAAAAUAUACGGUAAUCAGCCUACCAGAAAAGUCAUUAAUCCUCGUCUUCAUCUUUUAGGCUAAGGUGCAGUACACGGCUGUAACCAGAAAAGUCAAGUCAUUAAUCUUCAUCUCCGUCUUCUUCCUGCGUACUAAAACCACCAAAGUCCUCAACUUCAGUGUCGGAAACGAACAGGCUCAGGGUGGCUUCGUCAGCCACUCUCCUCUCUCCUUCGUUGUCGCUCUCAAAACCAACAAACUCCUCUUCGUCACUGUCGGAAUCGAACAGCCUCUGAAGGGCCUCAGCUGUGGCGGCGUCCUCCUCUUCAUCACGCAGCAGACCAGCCUUUCGGAACCCGUUAAUGAUCGUGGAUGUUUUGACACUCCUCCACGCUAUCAGGAUCCACUCGCAAACUUGAGCGAAAGUUGCUUUUCGCAUGCGACCAGUUUUGGUGAAUGAUUUAUCGCCGCUAGUCAUCCACGCCUCCCACUGAACGCGUAGUGCCACUUUGAACGCACGAUUGACACUGAUGUCGAGUGGCUGCAGAUGCUUCGUUGUGCCCCCAGGAAUCACAGCUGGAAUCGAGUUUGUGCUCUUGAUGGCUGCUUUCACAUAAUCCGUUAUAUGGGCCCUCAUGCUGUCCAAAACGAGCAAAGCUUUUUUUUGGCAAAAGAAUCCUCCAGGGCGCUUGACGUAGCACUCAUUCAGCCACUCAUUCAUUACGCUUUCCAUCAUCCACCCUUUCUUGUUGACUUUAAAGGAGAUGCCGUUCAGAAUCUUUUCUUUUGGCAUUGUAAUCCGCUUAAAAAUCACCAUUGGCGGAAGCUUUAAUCCAGAUGCUGUGCAGCCAAGAACACAAGUGAAAUUCGUUCUCUCGUGGCCAGUGGUUCUCAACGUGAUGGACGAUUCACCUUUCUUGUUAACAGUCCUAGUGAGAGGCAGGUCAAACGUCAAAGGCACUUCAUCCAUAUUUAUGAUCUGGUCCGGUCCGAUGGAAUAUUCCUCUAUCUUUCUUUGUGUGAAUUCGCCGAAGUUUGUUAUUUUUUCCUGGUGUUCGGGAGGGAGUUGCUGACACACAGUCGUCCGCGCCCUGAUGGACAGUCCCUUUCGUCUCAUAAAUCUGAAACACCAGGAUGGUCCACCUCUAAAAUUUUCAAUUUUCAUUUCGGUGGCGACUGUUUCAGCUUUCAGUCGGAUCUGCACGGUGGAAACACCUCGGCCGUCUGCUCUCUGUGUGUUCACCCAAUCUUCAAGAAAGUCUUCAAGUUUGGGCCAUCUGCUUUUAUUACCUCUGAAAGCUUUUUUUGCAUUGAGACAGUUCUUCCCGCUGGCGUCUCCAACAUCUCACCAUUGACUCAUUGAUGCCAAGGCCAGAUUGACUGCCUUUAACUUAAAAGCUGCAUCAUAUGCAUUUCUACGUUUGUUUUCCAUAAUGAGGGUUUGUGCAUGAAAACUUCCUUUGCACAAACUGUCUCGCUCUCGUAAUGUCUGUCUCUCUUGCUCUCGUUCUGUCUCUCGUACCACUCUCGGUUCCACUUUUACUUUUGCGCGCUACCUGUCUCACUCUUUUCCGGCCUCAAGCUUUUCCUGCUGGAGCCCGCCGCUUAAAGGUGGGGGGCGCGGACCGGUCUUAGAGCCCAUAGAGUUAAAGUUGGUGGACUGUAACCUGUAAAAUCCAUAGAUUUAGGAGGUCUUCUAGUGGCCGUUAGCUGUAAAAAUCCAUAGAUUAGCCGCACCGUUAUAUAAGCGGCAGGGUCGAAAAAUGGAAAAAAAGGCGCGGCUUAUAGUCCGAAAAUUACGGUGUGUGUAUAUAUAUAUAUAUAUACACACACACAGUGGGUAGAGCAAGUAUUUGAUACACUGCCGAUUUUGCAGGUUUUCCUACUUACAAAGCAUGUAGAGGUCUGUAAUUUGUAUCAUAUUUGGGCUGUAACUCUAAUGAACUUAUCCUCUGCAGCAGAGGUAGCUCUGGGUCUUCCAUUCCUGUGGCGGUCCUCAUGAGAGCCAGUUUCAUCAUAGCACUUGAUGGUUUUUGCGACUGCACUUGAAGAAACUUUAAAAGUUCUUGAAGUUUUCCGGAAAAUAGUAAAAAUGAAGAGAAACCCUUGAAUGAGUAGGUGUGUCCAAACUUUCGACUGGUACUGCCAAGAGUGUGCAAAGCUGUCAUCAAGGCAAAGGGUGGCUAUUUGAAGAAUCUCAAAUCUCAGAUAUAUUUUGAUUUGUUUAACACUUUAUUUUUUACUACAUGAUUCAUAUGUGUUAUUUCAUAGUUUUGAUGUCUUCACUAUUAUUCUACAAUGUAGAAAAUAGUAAAAAUAAAGAAAAACCCUUGAAUGAGUAGGUGUUCUAAAACCUUUGACCGGUGGUGUACAUACAGUUGAAGUCGGAAGUUUACAUACACCUUAGCCAAAUACAUUUAAACUCAGUUUUUCCCAGUGGGUCAGAAGUUUACACACACUCAAUUAGUAUUUGGUAGCAUUGCCUUUAAAUUGUUUAACUUGGGUCAAACGUUUCGGGCAGCCUUCCACAAGCUUCCCUCAAUAAGUUGGGUGAAUUUUGGCCCAUUCCUCCUGACAGAGCUGGUGUAACUGAGUCAGGUUUGUAGGCCUCCUUGCUCGCACACGCUUUUUCAGUUCUGCCCACAAAUGUUCUAUAGGAUUGAGGUCAGGGCUUUGUGAUGGCCACUCCAAUACCUUGACAUUGUUGUCCUUAAACCAUUUUGCAACAACUUUGGAAGUAUGCUUGGGGUCAUUGUCCAUUUGGAAGACCCAUUUGCGACCAAGCUUUAACUUCCUGACUGAUGUCUUGAGAUGUUGCUUCAAUUUAUCCACAUAAUUUUCCUUCCUCAUGAUGCCAUCUAUUUUGUGAAGUGCACCAGUCCCUCCUACAGCAAAGCACCCCCACAGCAUGAUGCUGCCACCCCUGUGCUUCACGGUUGGGAUGGUGUUCUUCAGCUUGCAAGCCACCCCCUUUUUCCUCCAAACAAAACGAUGGUCAUUAUGGCCGAACAUGUUCCUAUAGAACAUUUGUGGGCUGAACUGAAAAAGUGUGUGUGAGCAAGGAGGCCUAUAAAUCUGACUCAGUUACACCAGCUCUGUCAGGAGGGAUGGGCCAAAAUUCACCCAACUUAUUGCGGGAAGCUUGUGGAAGGCUACCUGAAACGUUUGACCCAAGUUAAACAAUUUAAUGGGAAUGCUACCAAAUACUAAUUGAGUGUAUGUAAACUUCUGACCAACUGGGAAUGUGAUGAAAUAAAUAAAAGCUGAAAUAAAUAAUUCUCUCUACAAUUAUGGCCAUUGGGCGGCGCUCAAUUGGCCCAGCGUCGUCCAGGGUAGGGAAUGGCCGCCAUGGAUGUAGCUCAGUUGGUAGAGCAUGGCGUUUGCAACGGCAGGGUUGUGGGUUCGAUUCCCACGGGGGGCCAGUAUGAAAAAUGAAUACAAAUAAUAAUGUAUGGACUAACUGUAAGUCGCUCUGGAUAAGAGCGUCUGCUAUAUGACAAAAAUGUAAAAUGUAAAUUAUUCUGACAUUUCACAUUCUUAAAAUGAAGUGGUGAUCCUAACUGACCUAAGACAGGGAAUGUCUACUAGGAUUAAAUGUCAGGAAUUGUGAAAAACUGAGUUUAAAUGUAUUUGGCUAAGGUGUAUGUAAACUUCCGACUUCAACUGUACAUACACACACACACACACACAAACACACACACACACACACACACACACACACAGGCCGGUAUUCCCCCAUCCCACACUACCCUCCUCCCUGGAGGCACCAGAUUGCUCCAGACAGCACAUCCCCGCCCCACACAGACACACACACCAAGGACUGCAUAUUCCAGCCCCUCCUACACACACACCAGGGACUGUAUAUUCCAGCCCCUCCUACACACACACCAGGGACUGCAUAUUCCAGCCCCCCCUACACAGACACCAGCAUGCAUUAUCCCCACCCUGAAGACCCCUUUCCUCACACACAGACACACACAACCCUCAGCCCCCCUAUCCCCCUCCCCACGUUCCCCUCCCCCAUCACCACAAUCAGCACCCCUCACCCCUCCCCACUGCACAGGCACACUGGCCACUGACCAGACACCACGCUCUGCUUCCACCCAUGUCUCUGUCUGGGUGUGUGUCUCCAAAUAGCUGAUGGAUGGGUGGCUGGAUGGCUCUGUGUGUGAAUGGGGCUUCAUCUGAUUAAAAGGAGGGACUUGCCCUGUUUCACAGACCAGACGACUGCUCUGUACUUUCUUCUGGAGAUUGGCUUAUUUUCCUACUCAUGGUUAUUCUCACACACACUGCUACAGACACACGGGCCAUUUGAAAAUCCUCCAAAAGCAAGCAGUACCACCUGGGAGUGGCAAAAAGAGAAAGCUCUCAUGCAGUGAUACACACACACACACACACACACACACAGUAGUGGUGGUCAGAUGGCUGAGGCUAUAACUGGCUCUGUCCCUGGGGCUGUCUUUAAUUGGUCACAGUACUUGACCAUCUGGGGCUGGAGAGAGGGAUAGAUGGACGAGAGGGAGGGUUUCUUCUCUAGGUGUGAGAGGCAAAGACUGAGAGAGGGAGGGUUUCUUCUCUAGGUGUGAGAGGCAGAGACGGAGAGAUGGAGGGUUUCUUCUCUAGGUGUGAGAGGCAGAGACGGAGAGAGGGAGGGUUUCUUCUCUAGGUGUGAGAGGCAGAGACGGAGAGAUGGAGGGUUUCUUCUCUAGGUGUGAGAGGCAGAGACGGAGAGAGAGAGGUGAGGCCUUGGAGCAAAAAGAGGUUACAUAGAUGCCUGCUUUUAUUCUGGUUACAUUGUGUUUGCAGUGUUUGUGAAUUCAAAUGUUCUUUGCACAUGGUUAAUGUUUAUUUCCUGAGUUAAGUGGAUGUCUGUUUGAGUGUGCAUAGUAUAAGAGUAGGAUAAGAGCGCUGGUAUGUGAGCGUGUAUAGAGUACUGUAGAGUGGUAGUGUGCGUGCGGUUGUGCAUGUGCUGAUAUAAGCGGUUCGGAGGCAGACAGAGCAAAGCCAGCUGACUGAUAAGAGCUCCAGGACAGCUGAGAUAUGAAGGGGGGAAACACACGCACACUGAGAAGGGGAAAUAUUCCCUCUCUCUCAUUCCCUCUCUCAUUCCCUCUCUCUCUUAGAUAAUAUACAGCAUGAUCGAGUACAGUAGAAUGUUACAGUACGCUAGUCAGUAUGGUAAGAUGCAUGAUGGAGAGAGGGAGGUAUUGAGAAAGGGAGAUGGGGAGAAAGGAAGAAAUGGAGGGAGAGAUGGAGAAACAGAGUUGCCAGGUAAGAUUGCGAGAGGGAAAGACAGGGUGAGAGUGUCAUAGAAAGAGAAAUGGAGGUAAAGAACGAAGGUAUGGGAUAGAAAGUGAGUGAUCUAGCAGGAAACAGUUGUUUUCUAAUGUUUUAAAAGCACCAUGUGUGUGUCUUUGUUGCUCCCAAUGAUUUUAUUUAACGAUAGCUUUGCCUGAACACUUCUCAAAUGCUCUUCUUAGGAAUAUUUGUCUUUCAUACACCCAGCUCUCUCUUCAAACUACCUCUCCUCUCAUGCCUCUCUCUCUCUCCUUUUAAUCUCUUGCUUUUCUCUCUAUUCCCUAAAUCACUGUCUCUCGCUCUCUUUCUCAAGCUCCUUUGCUGGCUGGGCCUGUGGGAGGAAUGGUGUCAUUGAGGGAGAGAGAGUGUGUUUAAAGUGUUCAACCUGCUUCGUGUGUGUGUGUGUGUGUGUGUGUGUGAGUGAGUGAGAUGUGUGCACGUGUGUGAGGAAAAAGAGGUGUACAUGUGUGUGUUAAAUCCUUUCUUUCUUUCUUUCACAUACACACACAUACAGACAGGCUUGCAGUUGGCCGUAUGUCCAUCUGUAAAGGGUGCUCCCUCCCUCUGUCUGUGUCUGUGUUUUUGCGAUGACAUGUGGAGCAGUCAUUUUCCUCUCUCUCACUGCCCUGGGGGACAGGACAGGGGUGGGGGGAGGGGAUUGGUAGUAGUCUCUCUUUGUGUGUCAGAGAGCCGCUGUCCCUUCAGGGCUCUCAGGCUGGCAUGUGUGUCGCUGUGUGUGUGGUUCUGCUGUUCUUUUUGUGAGUUUGUGUUAGGUGUGCCGGAGGUGUGUGUGUGUGUGUGUCCAUCUCGGUUCCUCCGUCUGCCUUCAGGUAUAAUGAGCAGUAGUAUCCACACGGGGUCUGCUCGCUUACACACACUAAUACAUCUGGAUCCACCAGAGGGCUAGUUGGGAUUGGAUAACUUACAUGCUAAAUCAUCUCUGAUCAAAGAGUGAGGGAGAGCCAGAGAGCGGUUAGCAAUUUGAAUGUACAGCCCAACUAGGUAGUGUGAGAGAGCACAGCAUCAGUAUAAAAGUUUAUUGGUCGUGUACACGGUUUACCAGGUGUUAAGGCGGGUGCAGCGAAAUGCUUGUUACUAGCUCCUAACAAUGCAGUAAAAUGUCAAACAAGUAGACAAAUAUUCUAAAAAAAUAAAAUAAAAACACACAUCAAGAAAUGUCGGAACCAAUCCAAUUAACAACCCAAAUAGCACUGUAACAGUAAUCCAAAUGCAAUCUAGACGUAUACACACCUGAUGAAUUUAAACAAGAUAUACUUAGAAUAUGUACUGCAGUAGCUAUAUUAGAGUGAGUUAUGUCAAGAAUCCAUUAUAUAGAUACAUAUGCGGUUUUUAUAAACAGUGUAACUACAAUGCAUUGUACAGUAGUAGAAAUAUCAGCCAGUCUGUGUUGUAUGAUUGAGAGGAGGAUAGGGGGAGGAGCAGAGUGAGAACAACAUAAAAGUGAUAAUUGGGUGCUGACAAGCAGCUUGGCUAACGAAAGAGAAAACCACAAGACAAUGUGAGAGAGAGGGCAGAAAGAGUGUGGAGAGCGUGAAGGAGUAAAUUGUGUGAAAAUGCAGAGAAUUUGGAGAGUGAGAGGGGGAGUGUGAAAAAGAAAGAUGGAGAGAGAGGAGAGGAUGAUUCAGAGGCCCUUAUUUAACAGUACAGCCUCCACGUCAUGUGGGUUGCAGUCAGUGACACACACACACACACACACACACCACCUGUAUGGGGUUACUCCAUUAGCAGGAAGAGAGAUGUCUCAUUGAAUAGCUCAGACCCAUUUCCUGCUGUGGCUUGUCAUCCUUUCUCCAUCUCCUUCUUUUCCUCCCUUACUCUCUUUAUCCCUCCCUCGGUCUCCUCUGUUCAAAUUUGAGAUAAUUUGACACUGUUUUUAUAGCGCUGUGUCUGACUUCAUGUGGGCUGCAAAAAAAAUUAAAUAAAGACGUAAGAGAUGGCUUGGGAUAAGUUCUUGAGAGUACACACACACAGACACACACAUACGCAGACAGUGUUUACAGGCAGUAUGGCUCAUGCCUUCAUCUCUAGUGUUGUAUUAUGAAUGUGCCCCUUGCUGUGGCCCUACAUCCAACACUUUAGACACCCUGUCUCUCUUUUCUUCCACUCACCCUCUCCCCUCUCUCUCAUCUGUACACACAGUCAUGUUUGAGGUUGUGUUUUGUCUUCACAGCUCUAGUGAUGAGGGAUUGUUUUUCUCAUUAUUCCAAGUGUGGUCUAUGUUAAAAGCUUUUUGCUCUCUAGUCUCCUGUGAUAGAAGAAAGUAUUUAUGUGUUUGUGUGUGUGUGACACACACGCAGGCAGGCAGGCAGGCAGACAGACAAACAGACAGGCAGACAGACAGAGCAAGAGAGAGCAAGAGAGAUGGAGGGAGAGAGAACGUUCACUCAACCUCUAAAGCAGUUUUUGCACCUCCAGCUGUGAGGCUCAAAAUCUCUGAGCAUCCCGCUGUGUGUGCAUGAGGAACACUCAUCAUCCUCUUCCUCAAUCUUCUCUUCAUCCUCUCUUUGAUCUUCAUCACCAUCUGCAUCAUCAUCCUCGUUCUCCUGCUAAUCCUCAGAAUGUAUUCAUCCCUCUCUCACCACUAGCUCUUGGCCUUAGUGAGAGAAGGAGGGAGAGGGAAAGACAGAGAGACUAAACAUUUGCCCAUUCCUCUAGUCAUCACUGGAUUUGUAUACUGCUUCUGUACACACACACACACACACACACACACACACACACACACACACACACACUUAGAGUAGAGUUGAGAAGUAUCACCCAUCUUCUCCAUUUUCCUCCCAUCUUCUCCAUUUUCCUCUCAGCAGCAACCUCCAUUUCUCACAGAGCAAUUACUGCAAAUUAGCCUUCCGUGUCCUCUGCCGUUCUCCUUCUCUUAUAGUGAUAUUAUGUUCUGUAAUGUCUGUUUGCCCCUCUUCACAUUUCCAUGCCUAGAGGUUGUUAUCAAUAAAAUGUCACAAUAAGGUUCAGAGCGUUCGAUUUGCCAGCUUGGGGGCAAGGAGAUUCCCAGCUCUGCUAAAACCAUUGACAACUGUGUGCCGUUUUCAAGGGAUUGUUAAAUAAGUGUUAACUAUUUGGUUGUAGUAUUGUCACCUCUUGAAGAGCAUAGUCAGAACUACAAAUUUCCGGUUAUUCCAUGCAAAACAAUUGCGCACAUUUAGCUCCAAUCAUCAGAGUUAUACAGCAAGUAACUGAAUGCUUUUCAUGGUCAGUAAACAUCAAUUGAUCAUGUAAUUUCAGAGGGUAGCCUCAGGAUAUCUCUCAAUAUUGGCCACCAUAAAUUUGAUAUUUGAGUAAUAUAAAAUAAAAUAACUAUACCUGACAAGUAUAGUAUGGGUGGUCCUUUGUAGCUCAAUUGGUAGAGCAUGGCGCUUGUAACGCCAGGGUAGUGGGUUCGAUCCCUGGGACCACGCAUGACGCAUGACUGUAAGUCGCUUUAGAUAAAAGUGUCUGCUAAAUGGCUUAUUAUUAUUAUUAUUAUUAUUGUUAUUAUUAUUAAGUAUGAGUGGUUUAGGUUAAUUUCCCAUCCUUCGUGGGCUCCCCCUGUCAAGCAGCAGAAGGGCGCAUUUGCCGAUGUAGCUGAUAAUGUUUAAUUUGCAAGCUACCGGUAGAAACUUUGUACAGUUGGCUAAACAUAGAGCGAUAAGUAGACCUAAUGUACUUUUUUCUCCAACCAAUGUAAGCCUACCUAGCAAAGUUACCUAGCAUCUCCUUUUCAACAUGUUAAUCAAUUGUGUUGACAAAUCUACGAUGCCUGUCAAUGCGUGACACAGAACGUAAUAUGGCUAGUAACGUUCAAUAAACUAGAGGGCUAAUAUUGUUGUAGACUGUCUGUAUGUCAUUAAGUUGAUGUCGUAGUAGUCUUAAUGUUGUAGUAUGUAUGUAUCCUGUAUAUGUUGCUAGUAUGUUACUGUGUCAGUGUAGUAUGUAUGUAUGUCUAUGUAUGGGCUUAUAUGUAUGUUGUUUUUGUGUGUGUUGUUGUUGUGUGGUGUGUGUGUGUGUGUGUGUUGUGUGUCUGGGGUUGUGUGUGUGUGUGUUGUGUGUUUGUCGAGUAUUCUGUCAGUCUGUAUGGAAGGUUGUGACUGUCCCUAUCCUGUAAUGUCUGUGUUGUCUGCGUAGAUGUUGUGUUUCUGUUGUUAUUUUUAACUAGUUGUUUUCUGUAUUGCUGUCAUUGUAUGAAUGUUUAAAUUGUGAAGACAUCAAAACUAUAAAAACACAUAGGGAUCAUGUAGUAACCAAAAAACUGUUAAACAAAUCAAAAUAUAUUUUAUAUUUGAGAUUCUUCAAAGUAGCCCUUUGCUGGUUAAGUGUGCCUUGAAUUCUAAAUAAAUCACAGACAGUGUCACCAGCAAAGCACCCCUAAACCAUCACACACUACACGUGCGGAGAUCAUCCGUUCACCCACACCGCACUCAAAAAGACACUGCGGUUGGAACCAAAAAUCUCCAAUUUGGACUCCAGACCAAAGGACAAAUUUCCACCUGUCCAAUGUCCAUUGCUCAUGUUUCUUGGCCCAAGCAGGUCUCUUCUUCUUAUUGCUGUCCUUUAGUAGCAAUUCGACCAUGAAGGCCUGAUUCACACAGUCCCCUCUGAACAGUUGAUGUUGAGAUGUGUCUGUGACGUGAACUCUGUGAAGCAUUUAUUUGGGCUGCAAUUUCUAAGGCUGGUAACUCUAAUGAACUUAUCCUCUGCAGCAGAGGUAACUCUGGGUCUUCCAUUCCUGUGGUGGUCCUCAUGAGAGCCAGUUUCAUCAUAGCGCUUGAUGGUUUUUGCGACUGCACUUGAAGAAACGUUCAAAGUUCUUGAAAUGUUCCGUAUUGACUGACCUUCAUGUCUUAAAGUAAUGAUGGACUGUCGUUUCUCUUUGCUUAUUUGAUCUGUUCUAAUAGGGCUAUCUUCUAUAUACCCCCCUACCUUGUCACAAAUCAACUGAUUGGCUGAAAUGCAUUAAGAGGGAAAGAAAUUCCACAAAUUAACUUUUAAGAAGGCACACCUGUUAAUUGAAAUGCAUUCCAGGUGACUACCUCAUAAAGCUGGUUGAGAGAAUGCCAAGAGUGUCCAAAGCUGUCAUCAAGGCAAAGGGUGGCUAUUUGAAGAAUCUCAUACAGUGAGGGAAAAAAGUAUUUGAUCCCCUGCUGAUUUUGUACGUUUGCCCACUGACAAAGACAUGAUCAGUCUAUAAUUUUAAUGGUAGGUUUAUUUGAACAGUGAGAGACAGAAUAACAACAAAAAAAUCCAGAAAAACGCAUGUCAAAAAUGUUAUGAAUUGAUUUGCAUUUUAAUGAGGGAAAUAAGUAUUUGACCCCUCUGCAAAACAUGACUUAGUACUUGGUGUCAAAACCCUUGUUGGCAAUCACAGAGGUCAGACGUUUCUUGUAGUUGGCCACCAGGUUUGCACACAUCUCAGGAAGGAUUUUGUCCCACUCCUCUUUGCAGAUCUUCUCCAAGUCAUUAAGGUUUCGAGGCUGACGUUUGGCAACUCGAACCUUCAGCUCCCUCCAUAGAUUUUCUAUGGGAUUAAGGUCUGGAGAUUGGCUAGGCCACUCCAGGACAUUAAUGUGCUUCUUCUUCAGCCACUCCUUUGAUGCCUUGGCUGUGUGUUUUGGGUCAUUGUCAUGCUGGAAUAUCCAUCCAUGACCCAUUUUCAAUGCCCUGGCUGAGGGAAGGAGGUUCUCACCCAAGAUUUGACGGUACAUGGCCCCGUCCAUCAUCCCUUUGAUGCGGUGAAGUUGUCCUGUCCCCUUAGCAGAAAAACACCCCCAAAGCAUAAUGUUUCCACCUCCAUGUUUGACGGUGGGGAUGGUGUUCCUGGGGUCAUAGGCAGCAUUCCUCCUCCUCCAAACACGGCGAGUUGAGUUGAUGCCAAAGAGCUCGAUUUUGGUCUCAUCUGACCACAACACUUUCACCCAGUUCUCCUCUGAAUCAUUCAGAUGUUCAUUGGCAAACUUCAGACGGGCCUCUAUAUGUGCUUUCUUGAGCAGGGGGACCUUGCGGGCGCUGCAGGAUUUCAGUCCUUCACGGCGUAGUGAGUUACCAAUUAUUUUCUUGGUGACUAUGGUGCCAGCUGCCUUGAGAUCAUUGACAAUAUCCUCCCGUGUAGUUCUGGGCUGAUUCCUCACCGUUCACAUGAUCAUUGCAACUCCACAAGGUGAGAUCUUGCAUGGAGCCCCAGGCCGAGGGAGAUUUGACAGUUAUUUUGUGUUUUUUCCUUUUGCGAAUAAUCACACCAACUGUUGUCACCUUCUCACCAAGCUGCUUGGCAAUGGUCUUGUAGCCCAUUCCAGCCUUGUGUAGGUCUACAAUCUUGUCCCUGACAUCCUUGGAGAGCUCUUUGGUCUUGGCCAUGGUGGAGCGUUUGGAAUCUGAUUGAUUGAUUGCUCUGUGGACAGGUGUCUUUUAUACAGGUAACACACUGAGAUUAGGAGCACUCCCUUUAAGAGUGUGCUCCUAAUCUCAGCUCGUUACUUGUAUAAUAGACACCUGGGAGCCAGAAAUCUUUCUGAUUGAGAGGGGGUCAAAUACUUAUUUCCCUCAUUAAAAUGCAAAUCAAUUUAUAAAAUUUUUGACAUGUGUUUUUCUGGAUUAUUUUGUUGUUAUUCUGUCUCUCAACAUUCAAAUAAACCUACCAUUAAAAUUAUAGACUGAUCAUUUCUUUGUCAGUGGGCAAACGUACAAAAUCAGCAGGGGAUCAAAUACUUUUUUCCCUCACUGUAUAUAUGUGUUGAUGACAGUACUCCGACUGACAACUUUACCAGGACUUGCUGAUGUCAAGCUCUUUUCAAAAGCCUAAUCUCAGAUGAAGCAAGCUAAAUGUUGUUUGCUUUGCUAGCUAGCUACAUGCCAAAUGGAUAGGCUACCCUCACACAUCUGAAAUGAUGUUAUCAAUUGAAGUUUACUGGUGCUGAAAAGCAUGCAGUUACAUUUACAUUUUAGUCAUUUAGCAGACGCUCUUAUCCAAAGCGAUUUACAGUUAGUGAGUGCAUACAUUAUUUUUUAAUUUUUCAUACUGGGAAUCGAACCCACAACCCUGGCGUUGCAAACGCCAUGCUCUACCAACUGAGCUACAUCCCUGCCGGCCAUUCCCUCCCCUACCCUGGACGACGCCGGGCCAAUUGUGCGCCGCCCCAUGGGACUCCCGGUCACGGCCGGCUACGACAGAGCCUGGAUUCGAACCAGGAUCUCUAGUGGCACAGCUAGCACUGCGAUGCAGCGCCUUAGACCACUGCGCCACUCGGCAGUUACUUCCUGUAUAACUGAUGAUAGAGCUAAAUGUGGAAUAAUCGGAAAUGUGUAGUUCUGACAAUGCUCUUCAAGAGGUGAUGAAAUUACAACUAAACAUUUAUUUAACAAUCCCUUAAAAAACGGCACAUAGUUGUCAAUGGUUUAGCGGAGCUGGGGGUGCCUCUCGAACGCUCUGCACGGUAUUGUGACAUUUUAUUGAUAACAAGCUAUUGACGGUAACGUAAUGCAUGGAUUAGUACUGGUACUUUUGUGUCAGUGGGCACUUAGUGACUCAGUCCAUUAAGUCUUGUAAUAUGCAGUUCCCAUUACAAGACAUCUGAUAAUGAGGGUUGACCCAUCACAGUCGAUAGGAACACUCACUCACACACACACAAUAUUUUAAUCUACUCCUUCUGGUCUUGUUCAAAAAGAGAAUUUCUUCAGUGUAACUUCAAUGGUUAAAUAAAGGUUUGAUGUUAGGAUAAGGGGUUUGAAGUCGACAUUGCAGAUCAAACUGCUCAAGUUAUCAUCUUUACCCCUAUUUCUGUCUCUCCGUCUCUCUUUUCCUCCCUCGAUUAUCUGGCCAUGUCAUCCCUCUCUCUGAUGUUGUGGGACACUACAUGAAAGGCCGGCCAGAGGGACCAGCGACAACACUUCAGAGAGAGAAAUGUGGGAGAGGGGGUGGAAGAGAAAUGGAGAGAGGGGGAUGAGGGAUAUGGGGUGGAAGAGAGAUGGGUCAGAAUAACAAGAGGGGAGAAAGCAAGGGGGGGCUAAAGAGAUGUAGUGAAAGGGGGCGACGAGAAAGUGAGGUGGAAGAAGAAGAGGCCAAUUUUCCAGCCCACACACCCACUGUUAUUUACUGCGCCUGGCGACGUGUUCAGACAAGUGACUCAUGGCGAUAUGGCCAAACCGGAUGUCAUUGUUUACAGUUUAUGGGAAACUUUGAUGGGGCUGGGUGCCACAAAAAAUCUAUCCCUGGUUUACAGUGAGACCGUAAUGGCAUGUUAGCCAAUGCCAAUGGAAAAUCUGGUGGGUGGUGAAAUAAAAUCAUAUAAUUUCAUGACUGUGAUCAUGCCAACCACCGGAUGUGAACAAGUUGUGAUUGUAGCCUGUUUCUAGACUGUUCAUCAUAGUACUAUCUCUUACUUAAGAGAAAACAAAUCCACCUACUAGCAGCAGUAGUAUGGGUUUGGCCAAGUGCCUGUCCUUGAAUUCUCUCCCAGAUUUAGGCCAAGCCCACACUCCAGUAGUGUAUGUGCGUGGGCUUGCACAUCGUGCAUGUGUGCAUCGCCUCAUCCUUAAUCUUGCUCAGAUUGAGGUCAAAGAGUGACUAGGAGAAUCUCAAGGAGAUCACAUCUGUGUUUACUAGGGCUGCACGAUAUGGGCCAAAAAAUAGAAUUGCCUCUGUUUUUUCACCAAAUAUUGUGACCACAAUUGAUUAUAGAUCAAAACACUUGGGUAAACUGUUGGAAUCAUAAAAAUACAUAAACCAUUCUAAUUUGAUGGUUGGAAUACAGUGGGCACUUGGAAUGCAGUUUUGUUUGGCAUUACAAUUAAUUAAAAGUAAGGGAGGAGAUGGUUGUGACAGAGUAGGAACCAAAGUGUUGGUCAGUGUUUCCCAUGGGACCCUAAUUAUACUGAACAGAAAUAUAAACUCAACAUGCAACAAUUUCUUCGAUUUUACUGAGUUAAAGUGCAUAUAAGGAAAUCAGUCAAUUGAAAUAAAUCCAUUAGGCCCUAAUCUAUGGAUUUCACAUGACUGGGCAUUGGCCUGGGAGUGCAUAGGCCCACCCACUUGGGAGCCAGACCCAGCCAAUCCGAAUGAGUUUUUCACCCCAAAAGGGCUUUAUUACAAGCAGAAAUACUCCUCAGUUUCAUCAGCUGUCUGGGUGGCUGGUCUCAGAUGAUCCCGCAGGUGAAGAAAGCCGGAUGUGGAGGUCCUGGGCUGGCGUGGUUACACAUGGUCGGUUGGACGUACUGCCAUAUUCUCUAAAGCGACGCUGGAGGCGGCUUAUGGUAGAGAAAUUAACAUUACAUUCUCUGGCAACAGCUCUGGUGGACAUUCCUGCAGUCAGCAUGCCAAUUGCACGCUCCCUCAACUUGAGACAUCUGUGGCAUUGUGUUGUGUGACAAAACUGUACAUUUUAGAGUGGCCUUUUAUUUUCCCCAGCACAAGGUGCACCUGUGUAAUGAUCAUGCUGUUUAAUCAGUUUAUUGAUAUGCCACACCUGUCAGGUGGAUGGAUUAUCUUGGCAAAGGAGAAAUGCUCACUAGCAGGGAUGUAAACACAUUUGUGCAGACAAUUUUGUUAGAAAUAAGCUUUUUGUGCAUAUGGAAAAUUUCUGGGAUCUUUUAUUUCAGCUCAUGAAGCAUGGGACCAACACUUUACCAACACAUUGUGUUUAUAUUUUUGUUCAGUAUAGAUUUGAAUAGACAGGUACAUCAAAGAUUGUCAAUGAUAUUGACAAGAUAGUCAAUUGACCACUCUAACAAUGGAAAUACAUGUCCUCAAAGAUGGAAGGGAGGCGGGAGGAGAUGAUAUCAGGGGGGACCAUUCUAGCCAUUGAGAGGGCAGAUACAAGUGUGAACACCACACCAUAGAGGUAGAGGAUUGAGGCAAUCUCCAUUUUAAGGUAUUCAAUUUUCUUCUUCAUUGUCUGAUUGCUCCAAACUCAUAGGAAUCCCCACCCAGAUGACUACUUUAAAAUGGUGGAAGCCCUCAAUCGCAUUGUCCUUGUUAAAACGGGUUAUAUCCAUGAUGAGUCCUCUAUCUCUAUGACAACGGGCAUAACACCAGUAUAAAGUUGUUUUUCAACAUUGGCGAAAUGCCACGUUUGUCCACUUAUGUCAGUGCAUUCGUAACAACCUAACCAUUACAAAACUAUUUUUCAUUCAAAUAAGCCUCACGUAACAAAUGAGCAAUAAAAAAAUUUGUUGACCAAAUUCGACAGUCUCAUUGAGCUCCGUAAAAAAAAUCCUCACUUUGUAGGCUUAUUUUUCGUGGACAGAUUUUGGGCAGGGUAAAACCUCUCUCUUCGCCUCGUCCUCUCUAGAUACAUUCAAACAAAGAUUUUAUAAUAUUCUUCACCUUUUCCUCUGAUUUAAGAACAAGCUGUUGCACAAACAAUACUAGUAGUGUGGUCUCUGUGUGUGAGAGGUUAUCUCUACUAGGCUUUUUACUCACCAAAUGAGGCAUCCGUCAUGCCUUUGAACCUUCUCUCCCUACAUAGCGUUCAGACAGAAUCUGAAAUGCCUUAUGUAUCACAUGCAUCAUAAGGAGACUCCCAUAUCAAGCCUCCAUCGUUCAGAGACUUCAUAAAAGACUUUCCCCUUAGUGACAGGGAUUGCCUAUAACUUAUUUAAUAGUAAAGUGUGAUCAAACACACAUCCUUUAGUGGGGUGAAAAAAGUUGGUAUAAAAGAAAUAGAGCCCACACCGUCACUAACCUUUAUUAAUAAACACACAACGUUUCUAUCCUGCAAGGAUCUUCAUCAAGUCAUUUCACCGGAAGUGUACCAGACCCAUAUUGAUAGACAUAAGACAAGCACCAAUUAAGGCAGUCUCUACAUCUUUAAGUUGAAAAGGGCAACACAAGAACAAUAAUAUUUACACUGAAUGUAUAAAACACUAAUAUUGAGUUGCACCCCCCUUUUGACCUCAGAACAGCCUCAAUUCGUCGGGGCAUGGACUCUACAAGGUUUCGAAAGCGUUCUAUAGGGAUGCUGGCCCAUGUUGACUCCAAUGCUUUCCACAGUUGGAUGGAUGCCCUUUGGGUGGUGGACCGUUCUUGAUACACACAGGAAACUGUUGAGCGUGUGAACCUAGCAGCGUUGCAGUUCUUGACACAAACCGAUGCACCUGACACCUACUAUCAUACCCCGUUCAAAGGCACUUACAUCUUCUGUCUUGCCCAUUCACCCUCUGAAUGGCACACAUACACAGUCCAUGUCUCAAUUUUCUCAAGGCUUAAAAAUCCUUCUUUAACCUGUCUACGCCCCUUCAUCUACACUGAUUGAAGUGGCAUCAAUAAGGGAUCAUAGCUUUCACCUGGUCAGUCUGUCAUGGAAAGAGCAGAUGUUCUUAAUGUUUUGUACACUCAGUGUAUAUACUAUGUUAUGACUGUAUAACCAGUGGUGAAGCUUUUGAGUGUGUAGGCUCUAUUUAUUUUAUACUAUAACUAAUUAAUUGUUAAUUCAGGUCAAUUUCAACAUAUUUCAGUUUAAUUCCAAGUCAUUUCAGUUCAAUAUAACCCAAAUCUGGAUACUAGCAUGGUAAAUAUUCCAUUCCAUUUCCGGAGCCUACGUAGCCACUAUUUCAGUGGGAUUGAAAUCAAACUAAUUACUGUAUUUCCUGUCGUUUUUCAUCUGUCUCUCUCUCAUGUUGUGUUAUUCUUCCCAGUGCCUUGAUAAACUGCAGUAACCUGAUGUUGAACAGAGAUCCUCCCACUCUUCUAUAUCUUUUCUCUGAUCUCUCCAUCUUUGUUCCCUCAUUUCAUUAGUGGUGGCUGUCUCUAUUGUUCCUGAUAUGUCUCUGAAUCUCAAUCUACACACACACACACACACACACACACACACACACACACACAUACAUACAUACACACGCGCACAAACACACACACACACGCAGACACACACUCGUACAAAGCGAGAGAGAUCAAGCUGUUUUUAGCAUCUGUGCUCAGUCAUACCAGGAUAACUUCAGGAUAGAUGGAUACCUCCAGGCUUGAAACUAGCCCAUGUGACAUCUCAACAAUUACAAUGCUUAAAAUCUACAGAGCACUUCAAUACCAUGCGCCUGGUGCACAAUGCACUCCAAUACCAUACAUCUUGACAAAGCCCUUGAAUAGCCAAGCAUCUUAACCAGGGCUUGACAAUACCACACUGAAUUACUGGAAAGCCUACUCCCAGGCCCUGCAUUAUUCCAUCCUCCAUUCAUUUGUCCAGGCCAGCUAAAAGGAUGACUGCUGCUGCUGCUACCCAUUGUGUCUUAUACACUGAUGUCUUUAUACACUUUGAGGCUGUGUGUGUGUGUGUGUAUGUGUGUGUUUGUUUGUCUUCGCUGUGGUCUCUGUCAUUAGAUCUAAACCACAUCACAGUCCCCACUGCUCCUGACCGGUUAGAUUAGCCAUUUCCCACUGAGAUAAUAUAACCUAAACAGGAUAUGAAUCCAACUGACAGACAUUCAGAUAGGAUGUAUUAACCCGUUACACUCGUGGGAAUUGGCUAUAUGGAUAGGGCUAAAUUGAAAUGUUUCUUACAAAAUAAAUAUGAAAUGCAUCAGCAUGGUAGAACUUGAAAGGGAACACAUUGGAGAUUAUGGGAAAAUUAUUAGACCAAAGUUGAGGACACAACAGUUCACCUGACACAAGACUGAAUCCAAACAUUACACUUGUUGAUUUUAUGUGCAUUUGGCAUUUUCUGUACUUUUUGCCACAUUUGUUGAUAACACAAUCUGAAAAUACUCUUGAUACAUUCAGUAACAUAAGAAUAUUCCUGGAGAAUGUGGGGUAGGUGCAACAUAAGACAAAAAAAUGACAAGUGAGAGGACUAACUGGUGUCUCCAAGUGGCCACACAACUCUCCAAAGUAAUUUCAAUGCACUUUUGACUCAGUCUUCAACUAUAAGGUGCUUUUUUGAGCUCUCCUAGCUGUGCCGUUGAGGAACUAGAGCAAACACACUUGUAGAUUUGUUUUGUUUGGAACAACCCUGCAUCACCGCCAUCACACAAUUAUUGUUGUUGUUUACGCGAUCCAAAAACUGCCCAUAAAAAAUGCCAACAUAGCUAAGUUAUAAAAUAUGAUAUUACAGUGUUAAGCUUCACAAGUCAAUUGAGAGAAACACACACACACCCUGCUGCUGGGACAUGUCAUAGUCUUCCAUCCCAGAAUAAUCCUGCCGCCCACCGAGCCCUGUCUCCAGAGCAAUUUCUGGAGAUGUAUAGAGGGUUUUACCACUUCUCCCUCCUAAACCUGUCAUGUCUCUGUCUCCUCUCCCUCCUUUACUCUCUGUUCUUAACCGGAAGAGUUUGAUUCUUUCUGUUGUCAGCUAUACGUAGUAGCUCAUUCUGAAAUGUGUUCUCAUUCCAAAUACAUUGUCUGUAUAUUUGGAGUGUGUGAUCUGGUCCACCUACAGGGAAAAGCUCCGUCUGAGGCUUCACAGUGCUAGGCUGUCAUUUAGGAGAACGUACCCUGGCUGGUUGAACACUGUGUGUGUGCGUACGUGCAUGCCCUGUAUGUCUGAGAGGGUUAUGCUAUACGCUAGGGGAAGGUGUCAACUGAUGUAAUAGAAAUAUAACAACAAUAAGGUCAUAUAGCAGAUGCUUUCAUAUAAAGCCACUUAAAGUUGAAAUAUGUAAAUGUAGGAAUGAAAGCCACAACUCUGAUCCAUGCGCCAACCAAACGAUGUGCUCCACCUGUGAGCCAUCGCAUGCCACAGAACCACCGAUGUGACACUCAUCUCUUCUCUGUUCUUCCUCUUCUCCUCCUGCAGUCAUCCCCGACUCCCUCGCUGUCACCGCGCCGACACAGACCCUCUCCCAGGUGGAGGGUGACACGCUCCAGCUCAGCUGCGAGGUUUCCCGGGCGACAGAGCAGCACACACACCUGUCUGUUGGUUGGUACCUGCGUUCCCCUGAGGACGCUACUGUGUCGCCCCAGGAGAUCCUCACCCUGUCCCGGGACUUUGUCCUCCGGGCCGGUGGGCCUUACAAACAGAGGAUGACUGCAGGAGACCUGAGGCUGGAUAAGACCAGCGCUACAUCCUACAGGCUGACUAUCCACCGGCUGCAGCCUGCUGACCAGGGUCUUCUCUACUGCCAGGCUGCAGAGUGGAUCCAGGACCCCGACCGCAGCUGGUUCACCAUGACCCGCAAGCAGGCCGAUAAGACCCAGCUACGGAUACAGCCCAUUGGUGAGUAGGGGGAGAUGGGAGUGUGAGUCACACACAUACACACACACACACACACACACACUCUUUUUGAAUGCAGAUCACAAUCUCCCACUAAGCAAAGGAACAACAUUAGCGCAUUUAGGCCUAACUGUCUUGCUCUUAGGCGCGUGAGUCUCAAGUUUGGGGAAGCACAUUUUCAUGGUCCUCUGUAGCUCAGCUGGUAGAGCACGGCGCUUGUAACGCCAAGGUAGUGGGUUCGAACCCCGGGACCACCCAUACACAAAAAAAAUGUAUGCACGCAUGACUGUAAGUCGCUUUGGAUAAAAGCGUCUGCGAAAUGGCAUAUUAUUAUUAUAUUAUAUUAUAAAAAAUAUAAAGCAUUCCGUGCAUCAUCACAUUUGCAUACUUAUGUAAGAUAGAUGACUAUUCCUAAUGUCAUUAGUAAAUUGGAUAGUCAUAAUUUAGUUUAAUAAUAUAACCCAAUCACUGUUUGCAAAAAAGACUGUUAAAUGCAGCGCGUGGUAGAGUAUAGGCCUAGGCUAUGCAAUAUCAGAUAUGUUGCUUCUCCUUUCUUUACACAGGAAAAAUGUGGCCUUUUAUGAAAACAUUUCAUGCAAUUCUACUCCACUUUAUAUGACUGGAGAGAUUAGCUGCAUAAACAUUUUUUUUUUUGCCAAGGCCAGUUCAGUUGUCCUCACUUCAGCCACAAUGUUGGCCCAGUUGUGUGUGGUCAUACAGGACAGUUUAUUUUCGUCAAGGGCCCAGUCAAGCAAUCCCCAACACAGGGCUUCGGCCAGGUAGUCGGCUGUGUAGGAUUCCGGCUGUGUAGGUUGUUUCCAAACAGCAGGAUUUCAGUGUCCAGUCUUUCGUGAGAUAGUGCACUGUCAAGCUCAUUUAAGGAGUCAUAUUUACACUUGACCACAUGUCCGUGGUCAGUGUAAAAAAAUGGACGUCCUUUAGCUCUGUUUGAACCUCCCCCUUCACCUUGUUGAACAAGGUAGGGGCCGCUGUUUGAGAGAAAUACUUUCUCCCCGGUAACUUGUAUAGUCUGUCAAAUUUCCAGAGCAUUUCUAUGAAGGUGGGUUUCUCCACCGUUCUGAAGAGCACCAUUCCUAUGACUACGUAACGAGUUACACUGUCUGUCAGUGCUCGCCACUUAUCAGUGUCCCGUUUGUGGUGCUGGAAUUCUUAGUAGGUAGCCUAUGGGUUUUGCACAUAUUCUGCAAGCAGGCUGGUCCAAGUCAUCUGGUUCUCCAUCGUCGUUAGGUUUGAAAUCGAAAUGUGCCCAAAUAGGCGAUGUAACGUUUUUUUUAUGCAAUGAGAGACAUCCUUUUCACCUCACUCCUCUGAUGUACUGUAACAAUGAAAAAAGAGAAAUGGAAAAGGAAAGGGGGAUAUCUAGUCAGUUGUACAACUGAAUGCAUUCAACUGAAAUGUAUUGGGCAUUUAACCCAACCCCUCUGAAUCAGAGAGGUGUGGAGGGCUGCCUUAAUCGAUAUCCACGUCUUCGGCGCCCGGGGAACAAUUGGUUAACUGCCUUGCUCAGGGGCGAAACGACAGAUUUUUACCUUGUCAGCUCGGAGAUUCGAUGAAAAAGGUCAGAGGUGAAGGUCAGAGGCUAUCCAUUGUUAGGUUCUAAACAGACAGAGUAAAAACUGAAAUGGAUGACAAGGAAAAGAUUAAACCAAGUUUAUUCACCCACUGGGUCAAACGGCUGCAAAGACAAAGACAUGUUUACACAAGCACAUAUAUUUAUACCCUCCUACUAGGAGGAGUCACCUCGCAUAUCUAGAUAGCCAACAAUUCAGUUCCUGACUGUUGCUAAUCAGAAACUGAAUUGGUUCCUCUCACUGGUAUAGUCAUGGCACCGCCUCCUGCUAGAACCUUUGUGGGUAUGCAAGUAUAUGUGUGUGAUAGGACUGUUCCUCCUCACUUCAUCUGACCUGACCUCAGGCCGAAUUCCUCACUCCUCCCUAAUCAACGGCUGGCCUACCUUAUCAGUGACUGAAACCAGACUGUUGCCCUCUGCCUCCCUCCAUAGGAUCCACUGAUUAACUUUCCAUACACCUAGUUCUUAUCCACCCUCCAUUGACCCCAACAUAUACAUUCAUUAUAAAGUAAUCAAUAAGUUCCCACUUUUCACCCCACCCCUUCCCCUCUUCAAUGAACUGAAUUGACCUUCAAUUCUCUCCUAUUCACGCAUAUAGUGGAUUUGCUGAUUGCGCAUCAACAGAUAGUUGGAAAGAAGAGGAGAUGUAUACAGUUUAAUAGACAAAGUUAGCAAAACAAUACCAUAUAAUCAAUAGUUAACACUCCCGUUUUGGGUAAAGAAUAUCUAUAAUAAAAUUAAGUUGAUAAAACAUUUUAUUUAAAAAAAAAUAAAAAAUAAAAAAACGGUUCUAUUUUCAUGACGGUCUUCAUCCAAAACCGUCAGUGUCACUGUUAUCCAAUUACCUUCACUGCCCUAGGGAGAGGUGUGGAGAUGGCUUCUUGUUAUAAUGAUCUGAUAAUAAGCUGUCGACCUCUCCAACCCAGCAGACCGGGAACAAGAGCAGUCUUAGCCACACACACACACACUGAAAUACACACACACACACACACACACACACACACACACACACACAUACUGAAACACACACACACACACAUAUUGAAACACACACACAUACUGAAACACACACACACACACUGAAACACACACACACACACACACACACACACACUGAACACACACACACACACACACUGAAACACACACACACACACACACUGAAACACACACACAGAAACACACACACACACACUGAAACACACAACAUUAAAUACAGGGCUACUGUACGCUAUAGAACAAUGGUGUGUUUCUACAGUUCCAGGAACACUAUUCCAGUAGAUCUAUUAUGAUGACUGAUUAUUAGCAGAAUGGCGGUGGAAUUAUUCAUUGAUUCUUAAGCAUUUGCAACAAUGGAAACAUUUUUGUUUUCCUCCUGUGAGCAGUGAACUCUCUGAACCUCCGGUGGUUGAUGCUGCCCCAGAUGGUGAUCAGAGGAUGUUGGAUAUGAAGGGUCUCUGUGUCUCAGAAGAGUGUUAAGUCAGCCAGGAGAGGCACAAAAAGCUCUGCCUCUUACACCCCCUCUCUUCUCUCUCUGUUCACCCUCUCUCUCUCUCUUAUAAUCUAUAAUGGAUGGGAGUGUUGUAGUGUGACAAAGGGUGUAGAUCAGGAUGUGUGUGUGUGUGUGUAUGGCUCCUUCAUUAGGCUGUGUGUAUUGAAGAGAGAGAGAGGAUCCAGAGACAGCCCCAUCACUGGCUAAUCACCCACAGACAGAGAGGAGAGGCCAGACAUGGACAGAAUCCUAAUGGACCUCUCCUUCUCUUUCCAUCUCUCGACCUCACUCCUCUUUACAUCCCUCAUGUUACCUUUCUCGCUCUAAAACCAUCUCUCCCCUUUGCUCCCUGUCUCUUUUCCCAACUCUCUCACUCCCUAACUCCUGCAUUUAAGUCCUCUCUCUACUUGUUUUCUUCUCUCUCAAUUCAAUUCAAUUUCAAUUUCAAUUUCAAUUCAAUUUCAAUUUCAAUUUAAGGGCUUUAUUGGCAUGGGAAACGUGUGUUAACAUUGCCAAAGCAAGUGAAGUAGAUAGUAAACAAAAGUGAAAUAAACAAUAAAUAUUAACAGUAAACAUUACACUCAGAAGUUUCAAAAGAAUAAAGACAUUUCAAAUGUCUCUCUCUCUCUCCCUCUCUCCCUCUCUGCAUCUGAUUGUCUAUGUUCUCUCACUUUCUUUACAUGUUUAAUUUGUUCCAAACAUUGACGGGUACAUGUCUCCACUAUUAGCUCCUCUCUUUCUCUGUGUCUCUCACCCCUCAACAUUUCCCUGACACAGUUUAGGAUGUAUUCAUUAGGACCCAUCAUAGCAAAACGUUUCAAACACUUGUGCCAAGGAAAACGUUAACAAGUAUUUCUUAUUGGACAAGUUGAGAUAGUACCUCCCCAUUUCGGCCUGUUUGCUUCAGUUUCGUGCCUAGUGAAUACGACCUAGUCUCCCAUGGCUGUGUUUGUUGUUAAACUCUAAGUUGAGGCAGUGUCCUUAUAAAGCAGGUCACAGUUCCUUGAGUUUACAGUCAGCCCAGCUCUGAUUUCACAAUGCAAUAUACUGCCGCUUCAUUGGUCAGCGAGGGCCAGAUCGCCACUGGCCUUUGUUUUGGCAUCUGCUUUCCACUCUAUUAGUGAUGAGCUGUGUGUGUGUGUGUGUGUGUGUGUUAGGAGGGGGAUGCAAUAUGCGUGUGUGUGUCUGUGUGUAAGUAUGCGUGUAUCUGUCCAGUUAGUGCCAGACUGUUAGCUAUUAGGCUCAGUGUUAUUUACAGACAAGCGUCCAGUAUGAAAGCUCACUAUGUGUGUGUGUAAACAGUCCCCCCAACUACCCCAAAGCCAUAAGACUGCUACAUAGUUAACCAAAUAGCUACCCAGACUAUCUGCAUUGACCCUUUUUGCACUAACGUUUUUGACUCAUCACAUAUCCUGCUGCUACUGUUUACUAUCUGUCACUUUAUUCCUAGUUAUAUGUACAUAUCUACCUCAAUUACCUCGUACCCCUGCACAUCAACUCUGUACUGGUACCCUGUGUAUAUAGCCAAGUUAUCAUUACUCAUUGUGUAUUUAUUAUUUUAUUUUCUAUUAUAGCUCUAUUCUUUUUGUCUCUGCAUUGUUGGGAAGGGCCCGUAAGUAAGCAUUACACCUGUUGUUUACGAAGCAUGUGACGAAUAACAUUUGAUUUUGAACAGUCGCCCCCUCCCCUAUUCCCAUAACACUUCCCAACAUAAGGAACCAUACCCAGGCAAACAGCAGUCUGAACUUUUCCACAAGUCUGUUUAAAGUCUUUAUUACAGCCGGGGGCUAGCACCUCUCUGAGUGAGCCAGGCAGAGAGGAGCGGAGAGGGAGAGAUGCACAGAGCCCACCGCCACUCAUCAUGUGGAAAUGAAUACUGUAAAUAAAAAGCUAGUGCCGCCGUAUGUGGAGUGCAUCUGUAAUUGGGAGCCCAGUCAAAGAGGUGUAGGCAGUGAAGGCUGCGCUAACAAUAUUUGCUCCAUCUCCUCUCUCUUCUGUCUCAAACAGCGCAGGAAGAGCGAGGGAGGGGAGGGGAGUGGAGCGGCAAGGCUUUUUUCGUCUGCUGGAGAGAAUCUUAAUUGGCUGUGUUUUUGUCUUGGUGGGGAAACCAAGGGGAGAGAAGGAGGAGGAGAGGAGGAGGCUGGAGGAGCAGUGCUUUGCUGUGGGCAUAGUUGACUCCUUGUGUAAACCCCCCCCAUCCAUUAACAUAUUUCUCUUUUGAUUAGGGACUGGAGUAUAAAGAUGUGUUGACACAUUGUGCUCUCUGGAGACGGGAGGAGCUCAACUGCUUCAACUGCUUUGCAACUCAUUUUAUCUCUCUCUUUUAUUCCCCACUCCCACCCCCAGAUCGGGACUUCUCUAUCCAGGUGAGCACGGAGCGGCGGUCCUUCACGGCGGGCGAGCCGCUGGAGCUACGCUGCACCAUCGAUGCCCAGAGCGUGCCCGAGCGCUUCUUCUCGGUGUCGUGGGUGUUCAGCAGCUCGCCAGUGGCCGUGAUAGGGCCCAGCGCUGUGCCCGUCCUGGGACCCGACUAUGUGUCGCGCGAGGCCGCUGGUCACAUGACCGUGCGCAAGGAGAGCCCCGCUGUGCACCUGCUUAAGCUGCAGCGCCUCCGACCAGAGGAUGCUGGGAAAUACAUCUGUAGGGUCACAGAGAGGGAGAAGACACCCACCGGGGACUUUAUAGACCGGAGCAAGAGGUCACGCAAUGUCCAGAUCACCGUCCAGCCUAUCAGUGAGUAUCAACACGGCACCCUAUUGGCCGCUGGGUUAGUAACGAGGCCUCCCAUUGGCCACUCGGUCAGUUAAACCAGAGGUUUUCAAACCUGGGUCCGCUGAGGUUGUGCAGGGGGUCUACGAAAUUGUUAAAAACCUUUUUUGGGGGGGGUGUUUUAUGUGAAAAAUUUAUAUUUUAUGAAUAUUGCUAGCUGGAUAACGUUUGUAUGUCUCUGCGUCCAGUAUAAAGGAAGUUAGAGGUAGUUUCACAAGCCAAUGCUAAUUAGCAUUAGCGCAGUGACUGUGGAAGUAUAUAAAUGGCUUCAUUGCCAAAUUCUCGGAAAUUGCAGUCAUAGGAGGACAUUGCAGUCAUUGGAGCUAAUUACAGUUUUUUUUCUGUAUAGAGUGGUAAUUUCCGGGAUGUAAAAGCAGUAUGUGUCAACUUAAAAGACCAAAACCAGAGAGAAAGCAUGCAGAAAAGAUAUUGAACUAUAUAUUUUAAUAAUACCAUCUUUGAGAACUAACAAUUAAAUAAAAGCUAUACCUUCAGGGAGAAUCGAAAAUGUUCUCUUUGCCGCCAAGAUACCUUUCUAGCUAAUAGACUAUGUUAGUUUACACUUCCUCUUCCAAUGAACUGUGGGGAGGUCAAAAUAAUGAAACUGUCUGCCAAAUCUAUUCAUUUAUAAAUGUUGAUUACUUCAACUUGCCAUUAUCAUUCACCUGAUGAUAAGACAAGACAAUACCUUUUUUUCUUUUUUGAUAACAUGAUGGGGGUCCCUGGGUCGCCGGUUUGCCUGGGCAGGGGGUCCCUCGGCAAAAAAAGAAAACCCCUAAGUUAAACAGCAUCUCAUUGGCCCUUUUGAUAUUAGUAUUCCUUUUUAAUGAUAUGCAUGAUGUAUUCUCCCAGUGUCCCCUCUGUCUCUCGGAGGUCAGAUACCGCUCUUUCCAGAGAACAGCAGAUCCUGAGUCAAACUAAGAAUGAAGGCAUUCUUUAUUAUACCAUUAUUUUCUGUGUCAGUGGAUUGCUAAAGUUUGGUAAUGCAGUAUUAUGGUCCUUCACAUUCCCUCAGCUCGGGGCUGCGAGCGAGAGCUGCUAGCUUGGAUAAUGGAGAAAGCUGGAGAGGAGGAUGGAGGAGGCUGAGCUAACAGGCGUGAAAUGAGAGUGUGGAAAGGGAGAGAGGGAGAGAGAAUGGGGCCUACCUCUCCAGGGCCCACUAAUGGAUCCCUGGGCUAAAUUACUGUGUUCUGCUGGGGCUGAGGGACUCAGCUGGGCUUUCAGAGGGGUGGCCGCUAGGGGUGUGCUGGAGCACAAGCUAAUACAACCCCCCAAAAACCUCAGUGCCCAAUGUUCUCUUCCUCUCUCUUUCUAGCCUAUCUGUCUACUAGUGAAGUAGCUCCCCUCUGGUCUGCAGCUCUAUAGCCCCUCUACAGCACCCUCCCUUCUCUCUAUCCCUCACUCUUUCGCUCACUCUCUCUUUCUAAGGGCUGGUCUUGAAUCCUAAAAAAACACAAUAACAACACACCCCAACUCAUCCUAAAUAUCCUGACCUUAAAGGAGUAGUUCACUAUUUUACAACUUGAUGUCAGAUGGUUCCUCACCCUGAAAGUAGUCGAUGGACCAGGAUAAACUGUAAUCAAAUCAAAUCAAAUGUUAUUGGUCAAAUACACAUAUAUAGCAGGUGUUAUUGUGGGUGUAGCGAAAUGUAGUGAAAUGCUUCUAUGGUUCAUUUUUCUUUAAACAGCCACUACAAACUUCAGCUAACUUUAGCCACCACAACCUAACAAUCAAUGGAAGUAAUGGGGGCAUGUGAGCAUGUAUUUUUUGUUGUUAUGGCCAAAUGAUCUUUAAAUAACAUCAAACCAAAUAUGGAGUUGAUUUGAAUUGAUUUCAGGUGAUUUGGACAUAAUUUUUUAAAACAUGCUCACAUGCCUCCAUCACUUAAAUUGGUUUUUAGCUUGUGGUAGCUACGGUUAACUGAAAUUUGUAGUGGCUGAACCAUAGAUUACAGUUUUCUCUUGGCCCAUAGAUUACUUUCAGGGUGAGGGACCAUCUAACAUCAAGUUGUGAAAUAGUGAACUACUCCUUUAAGCAAGCACUCACCCCCCACUCCCACCCAAAACUGUCCCAAAACAAAGCCCCUCUGGCCCCCACAUGGCUCCAGUAAUCCCCAAGAUGCUCCCUAAUGAGACCUUUGGUUUCCCUAACAGAGGUUUAAUGUUCUAUAAAAGCAUUUUAUGGAGUUUUUACAGUGUAAUAACCAUGGUUACAGCAGGGAGGGAGGUCUUAAUGGACCGGGGAGUAGAGGGGUAAGGGUAUGGGGUCAGGGUGACUCCCCUAUACAGACAACACCCCCGACGCACCUACCUCUAGUUACCACUGCUUGUAUCUGGGCUAAUUAGACAGUGGCCUCUGUGUGGCCCUAAUUGGGGCGAUGGGUGAUGGGGGGAGUAUAUGGGUUAGAGAGGGGUGAGAGCGGGAGGGCAGGCAGAGGGAACAGAGAGCUGUAAACAGUGCUGACAAAUCGGUCCUGAUGGAUGAGUUUACCUUGCAGGGGAGAGGGGUCUUGAAGCGCUGCUAUGAAUUACAAACACAGAGAGGGGCAGUAGAGAAAGAGAGACAUACAGAGAGAAAGGAACAGAGAUAGAGGGGAUUGAAGAGAAGGAGAGAGGAAAAACACACACAGCGAAAAUACAGAGGUGUAAAGAGACCAAUGAAGUUCAGAAAGGGAGAUGGGGGAGAGAAGUUACAAGUGGGAGACAUAAAAAGAAGAAACAAAUCUGAGAUUUAAAGAGAGACUGAGAAAAACAGGCAGGUUUGAAGAGGAGAGAAGCUGCCCUCUGCCUGCUUAAUCAUAUGUGAUGUUCACGCACAUUGACACUUAAAGCUGAGAGACGGAGAGAAUGUAUAAUGUAUUUAACACCGUAAAAACCUGGGGUGAAAUCAAAAGACAGAGGAAGAAAGAGAAAGGGAUGGAGGCCUUCCCUUUGUUCAUUUAAGUGUGAAAGGCGCUUCAUUCUGUAUUCUCCCAAGAGCUUGUUAGGAGGGGUGGUUAGCUCUGAGAAAACCUCUGACUGACGGCAGAGAGAACAAAAUGGAGAGAACGAGGGAGAGAGAGGGAGAGCGAGGGAGAGGGAAAGAAGCCUUCCCUGUGUCUCUGGAGACUAAGCCCAUCACCCCGAGGUUAAGGGGGUGUUUUGGCCGGGCAGCGCUCCACCAGGCUCUGCCGUGUGUGAAAGGCGCUGAUGUGAUGCGAGAAGGAGAGAGCGAGCGGGGCUUUUUUAAAGCACAGGGGCUGAACACUUUUAUCCUUCUAGCACUUUCUUCUGAGGCGGAAUCCCUCAGACGCUGAGCUGUGUGAUCUCAGAGCCGGCCCCUAAGCCCCGGGUGGACCGGGGGUAGAUGCUGCGUUACAUUUGGUGUCAGAAGUGGGAUCUGCUAAGUCCACUGGGGUCUGUGUGUGUCUGACAGUCUCUCUCUCUCUCAGGUGCCCCUAGGCUAGAGUAGAGUGAUCAUCUCCAGAGACACACAUGCUGCUGUGUCAUACAUACAUACGCUAUAUAUACAAAAGUAUGUGGACACCCCUUCAAAUUUGUGUAUUCGGCUAUUUCAGCCACAGCUGUUGCUGACAGGUUUAAAAUCGAGCAUACAGCCAUGCAUUCUCCAUAGACAAACAUUGGCAGUAGAAUAGCCUUACUGAAGAGCUCAGUGACUUUCAACGUGGCACCGUCAUAGGAUGCCACCUUUCCAACAAGUCAGUUCAUCAAAUUUCUACCCUGGUAGAGCUGCGCCGAUCAACUGUAAGUGCUGUUAUUGUGAAGUGGAAACGUCUAGGAGCAACAACGGCUCAGCCGCAAAGUGGUAGGCCACACAAGCUCACAGAACGGGACCGCCGAGUGCUGAAGCUCAGCGCGUAAAAAUCGUAUGUCCUCGGUUGCAACACUCACUGCCGAGUUCCAAACUGCCUCUGGAAGCAACGUCAGCACAAUAACUGUUUGUCGGGAGCUUCAUGAAAUGGGUUUCCAUGGCCGAGCAGCCGCACACAAGCCUAAGAUCACCAUGCGCAAUGCCAAGCAUCGGCUGGUGGAUGUAUUAAUUUGGGAUCUAUUGCAUCCCACAACUGCCCCAGAGUAUGUUUGGAAUAUUUAUUUCUCGCACAGAAGGACAAGUUGACCAAUAGAAUAUGUCAACUUUUGUACUAUGGGGGAUAGUAGAUUGACAUAGGCUAGUGCUGUUCGUUAGGCCUACUCAUCUUGUUGGCUGACCAAAAGUAAAUGUGGAAGGUUCUUCCAAUAUCUUCAAUAUGUGCCUCGGAAUUGGAUAAGGACGCGCGCAGUUGUGUCCCCGAUAUGUCUGUCUUCACUUGUAGGCUGUGAGAAAGCCUAACAUAAGGACAACUCAUAGUAUGCUCUUCUAUCCUUCUGAAAUGUUUCUUUAGACCUGUCUAAAAUAAAAAUGGAUUUAUUGUGAUGGUGUAGGUUAUAUUACAUGGAUUUAUUCGACUUUUUACAAUGUAGAUGUUCCAAAGGUCUGCAUCAGUGGCUUGUAGGCUAUGCGUUGAAGCCAGGAGAUGCUAAAUGUGUUUAUGUUAAUUAACGGUCAGUUACCGUGAGUCUGGCAGUUAUUUGCUUGACAAUCACCAGCUGACAAAAUGUUAUGACCGCCACAGCCCUACAUAUGGCUAGAUCUAAAAACAGCAGUUGGUGGAGGGCAUCCCUCAAACGAAGAAUUAGAUCAGUUUGCUGCUGAAGAGUGGGUCAAAUUGCCAGUAGAAAGUUGCAGGAAGCUCAUUGGUGGCUACAAGCCUUCUUGGCCAAAGGCUGUGCUACCAAGUACUAGCUCCAAAGAGUUGGUAGAGGUGCUGACUAACGGUGAGUAUACCAUAGGCUAUAAAAAGAAAUAGUCGCAAGCUCCCAGUCAUUUAUUGGGUAAACCACAAGCAAGCUCCCAGUAAUAUAUUGGGUAAACCACCAACGUUUCAGCAUCACUGUGCCCUCUUCUAGGAAUUUUUCAAAAUAAGAAGCCUGGUUCUAUUAUUUCAUUAUUAAUAUAUCUUUUUUAACCCUAUCAACAUUUGAUUUCUGAGAGGUUUGGAUACAUUUUGACUGAUUUUGUUUCUUUGUUCUCUCUCACUCCCUCUCCCUAUUCCUCCACCCUCCUCCCUCCCUCUCUCCUUCUCUCUCUCUGAAUUAUCUCUCUCCCCACUCCUCCCUCCAUCUCUCCUCCCUCUCUACUCUCUCUCUCCCCACUCCUCCCUCCCUCUCUACUCUCUCUCUCCUUCUCUCUCUCUGAAUUGUCUCUCUCCACCCUCCUCCCUCCCUCUCUACUCUCUCUCUCCUUCUCUCUCUCUCUGAAUUAUCUCUCUCCCCACUCCUCCCUCCCUCUCUACUCUCUCUCUCUGAAUUAUCUUUUUCCACCCUCCUCCCUCCCUCUCUCCUCUCUCUCUCUGAAUUAUCUCUCUCCACCCUCCUCUCUCCUCUCUCCUCUCUCUCUCUGAAUUAUGUCUCUCCCAACUCCUCUCGCCCUCCACCAGAGAGUAACAUCACAGUGACUUUGUCCAGUAACUCGUCGGAGGUCCAGGAGGGGGACGUAGUCCAGCUGACGUGUUCCAUCCACUCCACCACGGGUCCUCUCUCUGUGGCCUGGCAGUGGAGUGAGAAGAAGGGCUCCACCCCUCCCCAGGACCUGGCCUCCGUAGACCGCGACGGGACCGUCCGACCAGGCCCUGGGUACCGUGAGCGCUCCAGCUACGGGGAGAUCCGGGUGGAGAGGGUACAGGAGGACAUCUAUACCCUGUCCCUCUACAACGCCCUGCCUGGGGACGAGGGGCUCUACCGGUGCACAGCCACAGAGUGGGUGGAGGCCGGGACAGAGUCAGAGCUAAGCUGGGAGAAGAUAGGGGAGAAGUCAGCUACUAAGGCCAUCACUGUUAAGACUGUGGGUGAGUGUGUGUAGCAGGGUGUCAUGACUCAGGAAGAUACACACCAUCACUGUCACAACAUUGCACAGGUUAUGCAAGGGACCCUCACACACACACACAGAGUACAGUAUAUACACACACACAUACACACACACACAUACACACAUCAAAGCCAUUUUGUCAUGACAAGUUGUAAGCUUUUGCAACAGGUGAACACAUCCUCAUACACACAUACACACAAGGGCAUAGCUGUGAAGACAUUUCUUUAGCUUUUCCCUGGAACGAGCACACACACACACACACACACGUCAGGCCAUCAGUGUGUAGGCAGUUGGUAAGCGUGUGCAGGGAGAUGUCAGGAACACACAAAGAACAGUUUGUGCUAUAAGAGAUUGUGAUGACUAGCUCAGUUAGGGGCUGGAAAACAAAUCAUGCUUUAUUCAUGUGUUGGAAAACUACAUCUGAAGUCAGAAUGGUGUGCGUGUGUGUUGGUGUAUGCGUUUUUGUGUGUGUGUGUGUGUGUGUGUGUGUGUGUGUUGUUGUAGUGGCACAUACCCCUUGGUGGGGGGGUUUUGUGCCACUACAACACACACACACACGUGCACAUACACACAAAAACGGAUUCACCAACACACACGCACACACAUACCAUUCUGACUUCAGAUGUAGUUUUCCUUUUUUAUGAUAUUAGGCUCAAUGGACACCACACACACAAUCUUGACUUGAGACACACAUUCCACUACUUGCGUACACACAGAUUAGCCAGAAUUAUUAGAAUGUAAAUGCAGUUGUAAAUGUGUUUAGCAGUGGGCAGGCUUUUCUCUGUCAGUGCUGAGUUAAGCUGAACAUCCCUGGAACAGGCUGACUGAGAGAGCACUGGAGCGAAGCACUGCCUGAGGCACUGGGGAGCCAAGAGCUCAACACACACACACAGCGAAGGGAUUAGCCCUGCAGCAGAACUAUGUCCUGCCGUAGAGGGAGAGACAAGAUGUCAGCUUUUUAACUGGUCAUUUGUUGUGUUUUAGUAACUGAUUAAUUGUGUAGACUAUGUACAGUUGAAGUCGGAAGUUUACAUACACUUAGGUUGGAAUCAUAAAACUCGUUUUUCAACCACUCCACAAAUUACUUGUUAACAAACUAUAGUUUUGGCAAAUUGGUUAGGACAUCUACUUUGUGCAUGACACAAGUAAUUUUUCCAAUAAUUGUUUACAGACAGAUUAUUUAACUUAUAAUUCACUGUAUCACAAUUCCAGUGGGUCAGAAGUUUACAUACGCUAAGUUGACUGUGCCUUUAAAAAGCUUAGAAAAUUCCAGAAAAUGAUGUCAUUUGAGUCAAUUGGAGGUGUACCUGUGGAUGUAUUUCAAGGCCUACUUUCAAACUCAGUGCCUCUUUGCUUGACAACAUGGGAAAAUCAAAAUAAAUCAGCCAAGACCUCAGAAAAUAAAUUGUAGACCUCCACAAGUCUGGUUCAUCCUUGGGAGAAAUGUCCAAAUGCCUGAAGGUACCACGUUCAUCUGUACAAACAAUAGUACGCAAGUAUAAACACCAUGGGACCACGCAGCCGUCAUACCACUCAGGAAGGAGACGUGUUCUGUCUUCUAGAGAUGAACGUAUUUUGGUGAGAAAAGUGCAAAUCAAUCCCAGAACAACAGCAAAGGACCUUGUGAAGAUGCUGGAGGAAACAGGUACAACAUUAUCUAUUUCCACAGUAAAACGAGUCCUAUAUCAACAUGACCUGAAAGGCCGCUCAGCAAUGAAGAAGCCACUGCUACAAAACCGCCAUAAAAAAGCCAGACUACAGUUUGCAACUGCACAUGGGGACAAAGAUCGUACUUUUUGGAGAAAUGUCCUCUGGUCUGAUGAAACAAAAAUAGAGCGGUUUGGCCAUAAUGACCAUCGUUAUGUUUGGAGGAAAAAGGGGGUGCUUGCAAGCCGAAGAACACCAUCCCAACCGUGAAACACGGGGGUGGCAGCAUCAUGCUGUGGGGGUGCUUUGCUGCAGGAGGGACUGGUGCACUUCACAAAAUAGAUGGCAUCAUGAGGAAGGAAAAUGAUGUGGAUAUAUUGAAGCAACAUCUCAAGACAUCAGUCAGGAAGUUAAAGCUUGGUCGCAAAUGGGUCUUCCAAAUGGACAAUGACUCCAAGCAUACUUCCAAAGUUGUGGAAAAAUGGCUUAAGGACAACAAAGGCAAGGUAUUGGAGUGGCCAUCACAAAGCCCUGACCUCAAUCCUAUAGAACAUUUGUGGGCAGAACUGAAAAAGCGUGUGCGAGCAAGGAGGCCUACAAACCUGUCUCAGUUACACUAGCUCUGUCAGGAGGAAUGGGCCAAAAUUCACCCAACUUAUUGUGGGAAGCUUGUGGAAGGCUACCCGAAACGUUUGGGGGGGCGGCGUCAUCCAGGGUAGGGGAGGGAAUGGCCGGCAGGGAUGUAGCUCAGUUGGUAGAGCAUGGCGUUUGCAACACCAGGGUUGUGGGUUUGAUUCCCGGGGGGGGGGGCAGUAUGAAAAAAUAAAAUAAUGUAUGCACUAACUGUAAGUCGCUCUGGAUAAGAGCGUCUGCUAAAUGACUAAACUGUAAACUGUUUGACCCAAGUUAAACAAUUUUAAAGGCAAUGCUACCAAAUACUAAUUGAGUGUAUGUAAACUUCUGACCCAAUAAAUCAUUCUCUCUACUAUUAUUCUGACAUUUCACAUUCUUAAAAUAAUGUGGUGAUCCUAACUGACCUAAGACAGGGAAUUUUUACUAGGAUUAAAUGUCAGGAAUUGUGACAAACUGAGUUUAAAUGUAUUUGGCUAAGGUGUAUGUAAACUUCCGACUUCAACUGUAGAUGUUGGGGUUUGUUAUUGUUCCGACACGUUUGUUUUUAUUUGUGUGUACAGUAUGCCUGUAUCUGUGUGUGUGUGUGUGUGUGCGCUUGUGUGUGUGUGUGCGCGCUUGUGCUUGUGUGUACUAGGAAGGGGUAUUUGAAAUUAUUUCAGUAUUCUAAUCAUAUCAUGAUAUUUUUUGGGAUAUCCGGAUAGACGAAAUACAUGUUUUACAGAAAAACAUAUAUUUUGUAAAACUUCAAUGGAGACUUGCUCGCGCAACUCGAGCACUGAGGUAUAAUAAGAACUGGAAACUGCAUCCAAGAUGUCUGACCAUUGUUUUCAAGGUUAUCUACUCACGUUCGCAUACGCCGAUUCAUGGACCGUCUAUAUCCGGAUUGUUUCCGGUUUAUACAGACCAACAUCACUCAGUGCGCACAGGGAGCAGAGCGAGCAGAGACGACGUCAUCCAAAAACAUGGCUGACAUUGGAUGAAUAUAAAAUGUUAAUGUCUUCGGCUGUGAGUGAUAGGAAAAAAAUCUGCCUCAGCGACAAUUAUUUGAAUAAUUCAAUGAAUGUUUUGUCCACAAAAGUGAUGACUAAAAUGUCUUAUUAGGAAUUUCAAAUCUGACUUCUCUAUGUAGCCAUCAAUGGAAAUUAUUUUUCUGGGCCGGGCAUCAGUUAAACUGCAGUACUGAAUCAAAACUGUAGGAGCAGUCGAAACCGAGCUUCUAGACUAGAACCCUGGCCCAAGCUUCUAGACUAGAACCCUGGCCCCUUGCUCGAGAGAGCCGUGGUGAUGGGUGAGAGAGGAGCAGGGGUUGGAGUGUGUGAGUUUCUAUGUGUGUGGCACAGAGGGAGACAGAGAGGGAGAAAGUAGCCAAACUGACUCUCGCUAGUUAGACAAACUUGUUGCUGUCAUAGGUUAUCUAUCAUACCAUCAGGUAGUGCCCUUCUUGACUGCAUCAAAUUGUUGUAAAGAAGCUACAGUAGCCAGCUAAGCUAGCCAGCUAGCUAGCUAAAGUAGCAAGGCUAAUUGACGCUAUUUUGCUGCGCUCUCCGUCUAAAACAACUCCAUUCUUAUGAAACAACAGCCUACCUAUUGGUUGAUGUUUGUAUCCUACUCCUUCUCAUUUAGCCAACUUAAUUCUGUCAUUUUUAUUCCAUUUUGCAUUGAUUAGAAAUCUCCCACUUCACUUGCUACACAUGGAGCCUCUGACUGUAGUGCCGCUUUGAUUGACCGACAAUAACAACAAGCUACACGUAUGAAACGUGUUUAGGCUACCGGUGCGUCUUUUUUAUGGGCUGCACUCAUAAAAACUGUCGUAAAACGGGCCUCCCGAGUGAUGCAGCGGUCUAAGGCACUGCGUCGCAGUGCUUGAUGCAUCACUACAGACCCGGGUUCGAUCCCAGACUGUGUCAUAACCGGCCGUGACCGGGAGUCACAUAGGGCGGCGCACAAUUGGCCCAGCGUCAUCUGGGUUAGGGCAGGGUUUGGCCGGGGGGGCUUUACUUGGCUCAUCGCGCUCAAGCGACUCCUUGUGGCGGGCCCAGGUCCUGCAGGCUGACUUCGGUUGUCAGUUGAGCGGUGUUUCCUCCGACACAUUGGUGCAGCUGGCUUCCGGGUUAAGCAGGCGGGUGUUAAGAAGGGCGGUUUGGAGGGUCAUGUUUCAGAGGACGCAUGACUCGACCUUCGCCUCUCCCGAGCCCAUUGGGGAGUUGUAGCGAUGAGACAAGAUCGUAAUUGGAUCGCAAUUGGAUAUCACGAAAUUGGGGAGAAAAAGGGGUUGUAAAGAAAAUAUAUAACAGUCAUAAAACUGUUGUUUUAUAAAAAUGUAAAAUGUAAUGGUCUAUCCUUGUAGGCUAUGUAACAAUGUCACAUACAUAAUUGUAUUUCAUUUUAGACCAAGCCAUUUCAAAAACAAAAAUAGGCUUAUGUUUUUUUUUCUUCUCAAAAAUGAAUACUGUCCCAAGUAAUCAAAUACUAAUAUCCGUUCGGAUCUUCGAAUAUUCAAAUAACCAUACCCAUCCCUAGCGUGUACGUGUGUCUUCAAGAUGUUUCUCCCUCUAUCCUUCCAUUCCCCUUUAUCAUGAUGCCUCUUUUUCCACUUUGACUGCCUGCCCUGUGGGGUUUGACAGGGUGCGUUGUAUUGCCAUGGUGAAGGUGUUCAUUUAGGUAGUCAGGGGAUCCUGGUAACUGAUUGGUUGAAGAGCCCCCAUGAGUGAUUGGGUUGGCAGGUCUGUGAUAAUGACAGGCUCUGAGACCUAACAAACAAAUACGCACACACAAGCAGACACACACACAUGGAAGGCAUGUACUUACAGUACACUCGCAGUGAAAGGCACAUUUGGUAAUAUGAUAGGAAAUAAAUUAUCAGUGUGAACUUGUCUCUCCAGUCACAGAGGCAGACAGACCGACAGAGAUGGAUGGAAGAAGAUAGACAGACGGAGAGAGGGAGAGAAGGGCUGAACAGAGAUGGAGGGAGAGAGGGAAGGGUUGAGGAGAGAUGGGGGAGAUGGAGGGAGAGAGGGAAGGGCUGAGGAGAGAUGGAAGGAGAGAGGGAAGGGCUGAGAGAGAUGGGGGAGAUUGAGGGAGAGAGGGAAGGGCUGAGGAGAGAUGGGGGAGAUGGAGAGAGAGAGAGGAGAGUUAUUGUCUAACAUAGUUAUGGGCUGAGGCUGCUAAAAUUCGCAUAAAAACAAUAUGCACAUUUUCACACCAGAGAGGUGUUUCCAUCAAAUUGACUUGUUGAGGAUAAAAGGCUGUGCGUGAUGACGUAGUGCACAUACAAAUACCUUUUGCGGUUAUAUUUCCAUGCACCGAAUAAAAAAUAUUCAAUGGGUUUCCAUCGCAUUUUCAACUCUACUGAUGGUUUUUCUCAUUUUAAAAAAAAUGCAUUAUAUAGCACGUGCGCUCUAGCCAACAGCUGGCAGAUACAGUGCAGGUGUAGCCUACAUGAUGAGAUUAUUAUGGACAAAAUAGCAAGAUUAUUUUUAUUUGUAAAAUGGCAGCCAAGAAUCGAUCAUCAUGUCACCAGAAUAAGACACUCGAUAUUUAUUGGAAAGGAGCAUCAAGAUCAUCACCGUGCACAUUCACCACCCUGUGAAGUUCAUCAUAACUUAUACUGAACAAAAAUAUAAAUUUCACUGAAGUACAGUUUAUAUAAGGAAAUCAGUCAACUGAUUGCGUGACUCUAAGUUUACGUUGAAAUUAUGGUUAUUAUAUCAAUAUUUGCACAUAAAAGCAUUUCCACCAACAUUUCUUGCAUAAUUCAUUUUACAGACAGAAAAAGAUCCCACCUUGUCUAGCGUAUUUUGUUUUGUCGACAUUUGGAAUGAAGGAUAUUACAGAGGGAUAUCUGAUGGAGGAGUGAAGUACCGGGGAACCUCUCCCUCCUCUUUCUCUUCGCUCUAAGAGGUGUGGUGUAGGUCUAUGUUGACCCUAUUAUCUGAACCAGGAUGACUGUUGUUAUCUUAAUGAGGAAAGUUUGGAUUGGCUAGAGGAGCAAGCAGAUCGAACAUCAGCUCUUACAGCAAAUCUCUACCUGGAGCCUUCUCUGGUGGUGCAUCACCAAUGGUUUUCAGCUCUGCUCUUACACACACUCACACACACACACGCAGACAAACACACACACACACACACGCAAACACACACACACUCCCUUUGCUGGUCUUUGGCCGCCCCGGGGAGUCAUGAGAAAUCGAUCUGUGCUCCGUCAGCACAGGCUCUGGAACUAAGCCCCUGUGCUCCCUGGGUAAGUGUUGUCAGUGUUAAUCUCAGCAGGAGAAUCCUCCCCCCACCCACCCACCAUGAGAGAGAGAGGACCUGUGUGUUAGCAUUAACCCUAUAAAUUCAGUACAUCAUCUACAAACACACAUUUAUACAACCUCUCCAUAAUGUUGUGUUUCAGAGGACAGUGAAUGGAUUCUAACGGCUAACUUGUUGAUCAAAGGCAAGUUAUUCAACUCUCCCUGAAUGCAACUCAGUCUUGCAAUCCCUACUCCUUCACUCCCCUUUUGUCUGUGUAUUAAAGUAGAGGGUUGCUCCAUCACAGUCUGUCACCACCAUGACCUCUGUUAUGCUGCCUGGCCUGCCACACUGCUUACCUCUCCAAUCCUUUCACAUCUACAUCAAGUGGGUGGCGGGUAGCCUAGCAGUUAAGAGCAUUGGGCCAGUAACCAAAAGGCUGCUGGUUGGAAUCCCAGAGCCGACUAGGUGAAACAUCUGUCGGUGCCCUUGAGCAAGGCACUUAACCCUAAUUGCUGUUGUAAGUCUGCUAAAUGACUAAAAUGUAAAAAAUUAAAUAAUAAGUAAGGUGCCUAGGGAAUAGGAGUUAGGGAAUACGAGCUAGGGAAUAGGAGCUAGGGGUUGGUUUGGAAUAACGGAUCUCUUCCUGUUUUCCCAGAAUCCUCCUUUGUGGUGUCGGCGUCGUCGCGGACGCCCAGCGUGACCUUUGGCGACUCGUUUGACCUCCAGUGCCUGGUGAAGCCCCGCCAUAACCCUCGUGUGCCUGCCUCCGUCACCUGGCGCUUCAUGCCCGCUGGCUCGGGCUCUUCUGGGGAGGGUGGCACGGCAGGCGAGUUCCGAGACCUGGUGACAUUUACCCGUGAGGGCACGCUGCAGUGGGGCGAGCAGCUGCUGGGCCUGGGCACCCGCACCACCGUGGACCGUUCCCAUUCCAACACUAACUUCAGGUUGUCUGUGACGCGCGCCGGGCGCAGGGAGGCGGGGACCUAUCAGUGCUCUGCCCUCCUGUGGAGGAGGAACUACGACAACACCUGGAACAAAGUGGCCAACAGGACGUCCAACCUGCUGGGGAUCAGCGUGUUACAACCAGGUAGGACACACACACCUGGAGCCGUAUGGCCAACCAACCAUACUACUAACAUUCUGGGCAUCAAUUAACACACAAAACGGAGACACACACAGAGAAUGACUGCGGUAGGCCUGAGGUCAGGUAAUGUUUAGAGGUGAACAUAUGCUGCACAGGGGGUUUUCCUCCCUGUCUCCCUGCCCUGCUGUGUUCUGUCUGAGUGCUGUUCAGUCUGAGGAGUGUGUCCUGUAUGAGCAGUUAGGUCUGUGGUGCCAAGGAUCUAUAGACAUUAGAAACACCCCCCCACCCUCUCUCUCUCUAUCUCUCCUACUCUCUAGCAUCUCCUAUCUCUCUAUAGCUAUCUAGCUCUCUAAUACGCGAAGCUAUAGCUUCUCUCUCUCUCUAGCUCUCUCUCUCUCUAUCUCUCUCUCUCUCUAUCUCUCGCUAUCUAUCUCUCUCUCUCUCUCUCUCUGCUCUAAUUGCUCUCACUCUCUGGGUUACAGACUGUGUGUGUAUGUGUAGAGUAGCACUGGGCAGGGCGGAACCUCCUAAUGGAGCAAAGUGGAGUAACGAUGGAUCGUUAAUAUCCCCCACUAGAGAGAGUGACUAGAGAGAGACGAAAAUGGGUGGAAGAGAGAGAGGGGGGGACCGAGGAAGAGAAAAAAGAGGGGGAAUAGAAAGAGAGAUGUUUUUGAACUCUUUCCCUCAUCAACAAUUCACUAACUACACCGCCAGUGGCCUCACACACUGUUGCAAUAAUAGGCCUUUACACACACACACACACACACACACACUGAACAACCCACUAAUGACGUUGAGGCAAAGUUUGUGUUGUGUGUUGAGGAUGUUAAUGUCAGUGUUUGUGUUGGCUUCCCAGGCUGUUCUGUAUUAUCUCUGUGAGGAGACUGAAGUCAUUCAGACUGGCACUCUGACCUUGCUGUGUCUGAGCUGAGGAGUGUUUGUGUUUGUGCACUGCCUCAUUAUAGUGUGUGCAUGCCCUGGGUUGCUCUCUGUUUUCACACACACAGACACACACACAUACCCUUCACCCUGGAGCACAGAGUAUUGCAUUAUAGCUGUGGAGGUAGACCUGGGAUGUUUCUUUCAUGCUACCUGUGAGGCCAAUGGUGGGUUCUACCACUUUACUAUCACUGAGACUGGCUGUGUGGGGUUCUACCGCUUUACUAUCACUGAGACUGGCUGUGUGGGGUUCUACCACUUUACUAUCACUGAGACUGGCUGUGUGGGGUUCUACCACUUUACUAUCACUGAGACUGGCUCACUCACUCACACACCUUCUCACACACACACACCUUCUCACACAGACACACCUUCUUACACACACACACACACACACACACGCAGCAGCACAGGGACAGACAGUGUUCUGCUCAACUGGCUGGCUGGCUGGCUUUCUGACGUUAGCCACUCAAGCUGAACACACAGUCUCACCAGAACGUUCAGGAGCCAUUUGGCAAUCGACUUAGCAUCCUGAACGCUUGUUUAGUUUCCCUGAUGUGCACUUUACUCUGUUUACCCCUAGUGAAGGGAACCAACGACACACACACACACACACAGACACACACACACACACACACACACACACACACACACACACACACACGCUAUCAGUUACCAUGACAACAUGAUCAGUUACCUUGGCAAAGCUAUCAGUUACCUUGGCAACGCUAUCAGUUACCAUGACGAAGUGAUCAGUUACGAUGUCUAUAUGAUAAGUCCGUGUUUAGGCUUGGCUCACGGGAGUGUUUAAUUGGCUGUGAGGUGGACUAAUCCAGCUCCCCUAUUGGCUCCUCCGUAUUCCAUCCUUUCUUUCUAUUGUUUUAGUCAAAUCCUGUUUUCCUCCUUAACUAGUCCUGACACACACAUAGACACACGUACACGUCACAGGGCUCCAUUUAGAGCUGUGAUUCAUCUGUCAGAAUGUAGGCCAUCCCUGUUUUCCCCUCUCUGUUUUCCUAAAUGUUAACCACUCCUGGCUAAAAGGCAUUUGCCAUUUCCACUUUCUCUCUCAAAGAAGCAGAAUUGAGCUGAACAGGAGAGUUGGGGUAAUGAGGUGUGAGAGCAUCACACAGCAUCUGACCAAAUACAUUAUUAAGAGACUUUAAAUCAUGCUUCCAGAUGUGCCUGUACGCCGACCCACCGGCCUGCUCAAUAUGUAUGGGCUUCCUCACCACCACCACUGUGUGUGUGUGUGUGUGUGUCUCCAUCUGCAUGUGUGACUGCAUAAUGCUACUCAUACAUACUCUGCAUUCAUACAUACAGUUUGCAGCUCCCUCUCUGUGAUGGGACAAUGCCUCUGGAACAUGUGCGGCUCCAGGGCCAGCCUUGGACCAGUAUAACCCAGCACCAUUCUCAGCUCCAGACCCAUCUCUCUGCACAGCCCCAACCUCAGCCCCUGUGGCUGUUGUGUUCUGGUGUGUUCUGUUCUUCUUCUACUGGAACAUGAAGAGCCUUGCUGCUGCGCGAGGAGGCAGAGUCUGAUGCCUUGAACACUUUGACUCAGAUUAUCCCCUAGACUAGAGGCUGCAUGCAGGAGAUUUCCGUCACACACACACACACACACACACACACACACACACACACAGGGCUCACGGCGCACAAUGACAGGAGGAAUAUUAGAUUCCUCCUGAUUUGCGUUUUCUUUUUGUCUCUGUAAAAUGUAAUAAAAGCAAACACAUUGUCCUGCACAUCACUAAGGAAGCUUCAGUCUCAGCACUACACAAUCUAAUAUAUCAGCUAAUCAUAACUCUCCCCCACCACACACACACACCAUCUCAUUAUGCUGAUUCUACGUAAUGGAGCCGGAGCUCAGAUUAAUGAUGGUUUGGGGAAUUUAAUAGAUUUUCUCAUCUGUGUGUGUGCGCGUGCGUGCGUGAACGAGCGCGCCGUGUGUGUGUGUGUCUGGAUGGUUUGAGGAAUGUGAUAUUAACAUUCUCUGGUUCUAGGCUGUGCUGGAAUAGGAAGGGAGAUGAUCGAGGGAUAGGGAGGUGUCCUACUUACUGUAGAGAGAGAGAGAGAUCUGGGGUGUCCACACCUCCACUCUACCCUACAUACAGUACAGUAUGCUGAUCAUUACUGGAACUAGCCCACAUAGGCUGAGUCUAAAAUGGCACCCUAUUCCCUAUACAGUGCACUGCUUUUGACCAGAGCCCUGCUCAAAAGUAGUGCACUGCACUAUAGUCAAAAGAAGGGCACUUUAUAGGGAAUGUGGUGCCAUUUGCAGACAUUUGGGACGCAGACAUACAGUAUGUAAGGAAGAGCUGGUCUUAGUAGCUGAUGGGAUGUACAUAAAAGCUCUGUCAGUAAAGGAUAGCCUCCUGCUCUUUCUUCUUCGACACUCCUUUCUUUUUCUGGUCUCUCUCUCUCUCUCUCUCUCUCUCAUAUUGUCUUCCUAUUUGUCCUCCCUUCAUUUUUCUCUCCUCUCUUGUUUCUCCAGAUGUAGCCGUGCUGCCCUCAACAUGGUGGUGUGACGUGGCUGAUGGGGUUGUUAUUGUUGUGACUGGGAUAUGA